AUGGCUGUUUGUCAUAUGUUUGCUCUUGUUUUAACAUUUCAAGGAUUUUUAGCAAGUACAGGUUCUAUGGUAAAACUAAUUAAUGGAGGCUACCAGAAUGUUGUUAUAGCAAUUCACCCUCAAAUCCCUGAGAAUGAUAUAAUUGUUGAAGAAAUCAAGGUAAGCUAAAUAUUUGUAAUUUUAUGAAAUAUUAAUAUAAAGAAAUAACUUUAAUUGUAAUUCAUAUAUUUCUGAUUUUCAUCAUACUGUUUUGAAAAAUAAGCUUGUAAAUUAACUACAUUUAAAAAGAAAUGGUGAAAUUGGGUGAGCUUUAAAGGAAUAAAAGUGGGUAAUUUUAUGUAAUAAACCAGGUGAAUCUUGGGCUAAAACAAUCAUACUCAAACAUUUUUUAAAUAAACUGCAAUUUCUUUUUAAAAUAACGUUGUUAUUGACCUAGAAUGCGCAAUUUCAUUCUCAAGGUUAUUCACUAAAGUGUGAAUUAUUGGGAUUUCAAAGUGAAUUUCAAAUUUUGGGCCAACAUAAUCAAACUGAAAUUUUUUUCCAAUUUAGCUAUUGUGGCCUAAAAAUCGGAAUUCACUUUAAAUGAAUUACAUAUCACUGUAGGAAUGAAUAACACUGAAUGUAUUAGUGAAUAACAUUGAUAGAUUAUGAUGGUACACAAAAUGUAGUCAACACAGGAUUUUAUUCAGUAGGGCAGUGCUAUGCAACCCUCGGCACCCCGGAUCAUGUAGACUUCAUCUCCCAUAAUGCUCUUACAGCCAUAAUGCUGGCAAAGCAUCAGAGUUGUAGUCCACAACAUGUGGAGUGGAGAACAUUUCCUAUUCCUGCACUAGGAAAUUAUAGUGCAUUGAAAACUGAAUUGUAAUAUAUAGGCCAAAAGAGAUGAGUUAGAAAAUGUGGGUUAGCAGCAUGAAUAUGUGACCAAAUAUAUGGGAUAACUGUGUCAUGUGACAGGGCCAACAUGACCCUAAGUCAUUAAUGAAUGAUCUACUUGUACAAAAAUAAAUUUUAGUCUGUUUCUUCGAAUAAAAUUUAUUAUAAUCCAUACUUGAAUGAAUCAAUCAUUUUUGAUAUUUAAUGAAUAAUAUUCCACAGGUAAAUCCUACAUGAUAAAUUAGUCCAGUUGUGGUUUGAAAAAAAUUGGCUUUGGACAAACCGUCCAAAAAUGUAUUUGCACAAGUCAAUGAAUGAUAUCUCUAUUACACAGGGAAUCCAAGUUGUGGGAAUAUAAGAGGUUACAAACUGGUGCAAGAUAUACACAUAGCAAUAAUGAUAAAAAAAAUGCUAAACAUCACUGCUUCUCUGAACAGGGCUAGACAAAAAUAAAAAUAAAUUCUGACAGUUGGGGACCUGCGAGUCCCAACUAUGUUUUACCUAAGAGUUUAAAUAAAAAAAAAUAUAUAUGAGAAAAGUAAAUUAAGUCUAUCUAGAGGCAUUCUACUAUUUACACUAUAGUAGUAGCUAUCAACCAAGUCCUUAAGGUACUGGGCAUUCCUCAGUUCUAUUCAGUAGGGAUACUAACCAAACCUGGACUAAUGAUGUGCAUUGAGGACUGCUUUGGAAACUACUGCACUUUCAGCAGCAAAAUUAAUAUGUUAGCAGUGAUAGAAAUCAGCCCAGGUUUAUGCAUGGUUCAAAACUAAUCUGUUUUUUUUAAAUUUGUUUUCUUUUGGUUAAGCACUUAAUGACGGAAGCCAGUGGUUACUUAUUCAAUGCCACAAAUAAAAGGCUUUUCAUGAAGAGUGUGAAUAUAUUGAUUCCCCGAACUUGGUCAUCCAAAAGUACCUACUUGAAACGAAACAGAGAAACAUAUGACAAGGUAGGGUUUAUAAAUAUUUCAUAGUUGCAUAUAAAAGCUUCCGUCCCAACGUCUCCCACACUGCACUGGUGCCUGUAUGGUUCAAUAAUUACAUUGCUGUAUCCUAAAAAUAUUAAAGGGACUCUCAAGUGCCAGGAAAACAUAUCUGUUUUCUUGGCACUGCAGGAUCCUGCAGUUCCCCUCUCCCUCCCGCCCCCCAUCCAAUGUUGCUGAAGGGGUUAAAACCCCUUCAGUGACUUACCUGAAUCCAGCGCCGAUGACCCUCGGCGCUGAGUCAGGCUCUGCCUACGCUUCUCCCCCGCCAACGUCAGCCAGCGGGAGAGACCUAAUGCGCAUGCGCGGCAAUGGCCGCGCGUACGCCUUAGACCUCUCCAUAGGAAAGCAUUACGGUGAUGCUGGAGGUCCUCAAGCAUAGUGUGAGGAUGUCCAGCGUUGUUUAAUACACGUUUCUUGUUCUUGUUCAAGUGGUUUUAGGGUGCCUGAUUAUUGUCCUCUAGUGGCUGUCUAUUUUUAUUUUAUAGACAGCCACUAGAGGACUUAACCCUGCAAGGUAAUUAUUGCAGUUUAUAGAAACUGCAAUAAUUACACUUGCAGGGUUAAGGGUGGUGGGACUUGGCACCCAGACCACUCCAAUGGGCAGAAGUGGUCUGGGUGCCUGGACUUUUCCCUUUAAUUUUCUGGGUACAUUUCAAGGUAAGUAUUCAGGCUGCAAUAACAGACUGUAAUCCCACCCUAUAAUGCAUGGCUUUACGUAGGCAGCUGUACUUACUGUUUGUAGUUAUCAUUUUCAUUAUUAAGUAGUAUUUAAAGCAAUGAUUGAAAUAUCUAUGCACUAUAUAAAUCACUAGAUAGAACGAUUGAAGGACAGGCAGAGAGUAGCUAUAGUUUGCCAUUACUUUAUCGAUCUUACCAAUUAGGUUACCAAUUAGAAAGUGUAAAAAAAAAUCAAAAAAAGCACCCUAUAUGGAGAAUAUCCAAACGUGGGUGGUCAGUACGAGUGGUUACCAUCCACUCUGGGCAUGAGCCCUACUACUAAUGUGUGAAACAAAAAUUAGGGAAAAUCUCUCUUCAGAAAUCUCUCUUAGGUAUAAAAGGAUAGUUGGUUGAAAAAUUAAACUUACAACAUAUAACCAUAAACAUCUAUGGUUAUAUGUUGUAAGUUUAAUUUUUCAACCAUUUGUUUUACCAAUUAGGAAGUCAAAUGUAAAAGGCGCACAUUCUAAGUUGACGCUAUAAAAAACUGCUGUACAGGAUAGAAAGUGCACAGUGUGCUCACAUUGUAUAUGCCUGAUUGGUCUAAGUGACACAUGCAUUUUUUAGCUCAAGUCUCAAGUCUAAAUUACAUUUACAAGAUUUUUUUGUUUCUCUGGGAUUUACAGGGAGUUUACAGUUGUUUAGCUGAUUUUUUUUUUUCACUUCUAUGUUUAAUGUUUAAACCUUUCACCUUGAAAAAUAACUCACUUAUUGAUAUUUAAAUAAUAUUACUUAAUGUUUCAGUGAUUAUUCAUUUUUAAAAAAAAAUUGAUUUAAUUACAGAUUUUCACUCACAUUCAAGUUACUAAUGAGAAAAUUAUAGUUCCCGUAGUGCAAUUUUUCUUCUAUUUGUUAUUUUAUUUUAUUUAUACUCACAGUUUCAGAAUCAUGAAAUGCAGUUUUCUAUGCAUGAAGAUUUAAAUUAAUUAAACUAUCUUAAACUUUAUGAAUACAUUGAAACAAAAAGCAAAAUAACGCUUAGUUUAUGUUCUCUGAUGUUUUCUACCCAUGCCAUUUUUAUUUAAAGGCAUGUACUAAGUAUCAUAAAAUACACAGCUUCUUGUAUUUAGGUAAAUAUGUAAAUGAUAUAAAAUGUACCAACACAUGAAGUUCCUACAGUUUUUGUUAUAUUGUUUUCAAGUGUUUUUUGAAAAGUGUUUUUUUUACCAAGUGGUUUUGAAAAAAACAUUGGAGAUUGUCUUAUAGCCCUGCGACGGGACGGUAUAAUGAUGUGUUUCACUUCCGCCUUACCUAUACAUAUAUUUUUAUUCUAGAAGCAAGAAUUAAAAUCUUACUCCAUGCAGUAAUAGGCUGUGAGCACAAACAUGUAGUAGAAUUUCUUAUUCAAGAGCUAAAAAUAACUUUUGAUCUUCACGUCAACUAAAUAUUUGUUUGACGAAUGAAAAAGUCAACUACCUCAUUAUGACAUCAAAAGCAAACAAGUGGUUUUAGGGUGCCUGAUUAUUGCUUAUUUUUUGUCAAACAUUUACAAAAUCUAUUACUAAAACUGGAGAAACAUUACCUAUUGAGUUCAAGCACUACAGUCACCAUAGUUAUAAUAAAAUAUAAAGGGAAAAGAAAAUGAAUUCUAAAACCUAACAGGAGUAGGUAUAUAGUGGUAGAUCCACUAAACAGUGGGUUGAAUAAAAUAGUUACUAAAAACUCAGCUACAAGAGUGGUAACUUAAAGUUCAUAUAUAUGUGUAUCAAUAAAUGUCCAACUGGAAGCAACUGAUGAAAUAUGAUAGUCCAAAGAAAGUCCAAAGAAGUCCACAAUGUAUCAGCUCUGUGCUAAAUUACAAGGACACUCCUGUUAUGAUGUAAAACAGGAGAUUAUAUAUAUAAAAUUAUAUAUAUAAUAUAUUCUAUAUAAUUAUAAUUAUAUUAUAUAAUAUAUAUAAGAUUAUAUAUAUAAUUGUAGUAUUUGAUUUUGCAGAGAAAUACGCAGCAUUGUUCUGGAGACAAUGUAUGUAUCUUCCUUACAUUUUCUGAAGCUCUGCAAAAUCAGAUACUACAAUUAUUGCCUCAUUCACAAUGUCCAGAUUCAUUUGACUUUAGAUGUAUCCUCCACAUAGCCUGUAUUUCUCUGAUGAUUAUUCAAGAACUCAUGCUUAAUAUGUUUAUAUACUAAAUUAUUUGUGGGAAAUAGUUAUAUACUAUAGUAUAUCAGUUUAACAAGUAAUCUCCUGGCUUACAUCAUAGCAGGAGUGUCCUUGUAACUUAUCCAUUAAGAGUGGAUUUUUUGUAGAAAUGUUUUCAAUUUUUCUAGGUCUGGAUGUCCUUUUUUUGUGGUAGCUUAGCAUCUUUUUACCAGCUAUGUUGGAGUAUAGCAAUAAUGUAGCUAUACAUAUUUGGUCAUUUUACUGAUCAUCAAUAGUUAAUUAUUGAACUUUAUUAAUAUCAAUUUUUUUGGGUAGAGGUAAGAAAAGAAGGUUCUUGUACAUGAUAUGAAUUCAACUGUGUUAUUUGAUAUGUAUGAUAGUUUGUUGUGCACUUUAUCAUAUGUGAUACCUGUUUUUGCUCUAUUCUAAUUGACAAUGUAUAUAGAUCUUUGCAAACAUGUUUUUGCAAUUUUUCUUUGCCAUUUUUUGCAAUUAAUGAAUUAAAAUUUAUUUUGAUUGACAUAUAGAAAGUGUGUCAGAGUGCGAUAUUAUCACAGUUAUUUUUUGUAUAUGAGUUUGAGGUUCUUAAGGAGGAUAACCUCAAAUACCUGCACCACCUUGCAGCUCAGCAUUUUUAGUAUAAAUAAGAUAACACUCCAAGAUCUUCUUACAAAUAAAACUUAACUUUUAUUGCUUAAAUUGUAAAAUAUCUACAUUUCAGUUUGAUUCUCAAACAUUCAUCAAGAUAAGCAUUGCAUAUAAAAAACAAUAAUUUAUACCAUAAAAUUACAUAACCUCACCCCAAAAGAAUGCAAGUUACUCAGAGGACGCUCAGCCCGGAAAGUAUGCGGGAUGCAGCCUCAACGUGUGUUGGUGCAAUGACAUCACUCUAGGACAUUGCUAUGGAGACACAAACAAACAUUUUCUUAAAAAGAAACACUGAAUGUUAAAUAAAUAAAAAAGCAGGUUUACCACUGUAUAUUGGUGAAUUAUAAAUACCUAACUGCGGCAUAACAUGUAAUAAAGGAAGCGGAUCUAACAGAGCAGGCAGUCAUUCUCUACACCUGACUAACCCAUGUAUAUAUGUAAGCCACGAGUUCUGUCUGAUCGACAUAUUCAUGCUUAUACUUUAGGUGCAUAAUCUGGGCAUAUAUAUGAAAUUUAACUGAGACUAGAGUAGUGCAUCCAUUAAAGCCGGCAGUCCAUCCAAUUUUGAUUCCUUUAUAUUUAUAUCAAUAAACUGUAUCAGUAAGCCGUUUUGCCUACUUGGCAAAUGUACGUAACAGCAUUGGUAAAACGUAUUACGGUAAAAUUCUAAUAUAAGUAUUUCAAUGUUGUAACCCUCAAUUUCUUCAUUAAAUUGUACCAUGACAAUGACAUUAUCAGUGAAAGUGCAGGAUUUGUGGGGAAAUGCAAAAAACAAAUAUGUAUGCUAACUUUGGCCAGUGUUUGUGACUAAGUGGCAACUAAAAAAUACUGUACAUACCCCAUUUUUAAUACCUUUGGUUGUCUACUUUUGCAAAUGGUAUGCCUCAGAUGUUGGUAACUUACAUUCCUGGGCUGCCAUAUGGUCUCAAAGGAAAGAGAGGCCUGCAAUCCAAUCUGGUAAAAAUGGGGAAACCAUAUAUUGACCAUGUUAUUUUCCAAAAACCAUAAAACCUCUACAUGGGGGAUACUGUUGUACUCGGAAGAAAUCAGAGAACACAAAUAUGAGUGUUUCAAAAAAGUAAAACCUAUCAUGACGAUGAUAUCACCAGUAAAUAUAUACAGUUAAUAUAUACAGCGGAAUUAGUUGGUGCUAUAUAAAUAACAAUAAUAAUAAUAAUGAUUUUUAAAGUGCAGCAACUUUGGCAAGCAUUUGUGACUAAGUAAAUACAAAGUCCUGCUGUGUGAUCUAAAAUCCACCAACACACUCUAACACCUGUGUGUUCACCUCUCUAUACACACAAAAUAAAGAUUAUACAUACAUACAAAAAAAGGUGGAGUGGAGUUGGUAUUCACAUAUGGUAUCAAAAGACAGAAAGACAAGGCCCAAGCCUAGUGCAAUUCAGUAAAAUAUAAUACAGUAAGCAGAUGAGUAACUCUAGAAUAUGGUACUCACAAAUAUGGAGCCUACAUGCAAGGCUCACCACAGGUGCAGGUGGGGAAGUUAGAAGGGACCCCACUCCCUUAAUAAUGCUGUAGAAGUUUUCUUCUUUACCCAAUAAGUUCACUGACCGUGAUUUCCAAAAAACAGAAAAAAAUGUAUUGGUACAAAAAAUAAAUUAAAAGCGAGUUAAAAAGUGGUAUAGUAAAUAAAGUCCACAUAAAAUAAACUUGCAAGAUGUGUUUUGCCUAUUGAAAAGGCUUCUUCAGUUGCUUCUUGUUCUUCCUUCUUGUCCGGUCGUUUAUAUAUGCUCCUCCUCAAUUACUGACUCCCAUCACCUGUUUCCAUCGGUUACUUCCGUCUCUCCUCAAUGACGCGGUAUCUCGUGUCGCUUCGUGAUGAUGUCAUCACAAUCGGUUUGUAUUUGGAACGCAUGCUCGCGUUCCAAAUUUUCACUAAACUUUAUUGUCCAUAACGCAUCCAUUGCUAUGCACUACAUGUUCCAUAGGCACAUAGAAAAAAAGGAACAUCGUUAUGUAUAUUUUUUCGUUCACACAUAUCACAAGGUAUCAAAAAUGUGAUAUAUAUAUAUAUAUAGUGAACUAUAAUGCAUUUCAAUUUAAGAAUAAUAUAUAAUAAGUGCUUGCAGAAAAAGAUGAUAAUAUUAAACAUAUGCUUAGAAUUAUAGUGUGACAAAUGCUAGUAGUGUGUAUAUAAGACAAAUAUAAGAAUUUUAAAAAGGGCCUUACUUUUUCAAAUGGUGUGCCAUGAUGGGGUUCAUUUUCACUUCUGGGUUGCCAUACCAUCUCAAAGGCAACAUAGUCAAUCUGACAAAUUUCAAUUUGCAAAAACAGAUUUUGGUUGUCUAUUUUUGCAAAUGGUAUGCCAUGAUUGGGAUAAUUCUCGUUCAUGGGCUGCCAUACGAUCUCAAAGGCAACAUAACCAAUCUGGCAAAUUUCAAUGUGUAAAAACUGAAAUAGGCAAGCCUUAUAUUUGAUCCUGUAACUUUCCAAAACACCAUAAAACCUGGACAUGGGGUUAUUGUUGUACUUGUAAAACAUUGCUGAACACAAAUGUGUGUGUUUUAGAACAGUAAAACAUAUAAUGUUGAUGAUAUCAUUGGUGAAAGGGCAGUUUUAUUGUGAAAAAAUCCCCCAGAAAUAUAUGAGAGUUAACUUUGGCCAGGGGUUGUGACUAAGUAGCUACUAAAAAAGACUGGGCAUACCCCAUUUUGAAUACCCUGGAUUGUCUAUUUUGCAAAUCGUGUGCCAUGAUGGGUUUAGUUUUCAUUUCUGGGCUGUCAUAUUGUCUCAAAGGCAACAUAGAUAGUGAUGUCCCGAACGGUUCGCCGAACGGUUCGCGAACGGUUCGCCACGAACGGUUCGCCACGGACUCAUCAUUGAGUAAACUUUGACCCUGUACCUCACAGUCAGCAGACAGAUUCCAGCCAAUCAGCAGCAGACCCUCCCUCCCAAACCCUCCCACCUCCUGGACAGCUCACUAAGAAUGCAGCUUCACAAUGAAUGUAAAAUGGAUGCUGUCCAGGAGGUGGGAAGGUCUGGGAGGGAGGGUCUACUGCUGAUUGGCUGGAAUGUGUCUGCUGAUUGUGAGGUACAGGGUCAAAGUUUACUCAAUGAUGAGUCUGCGGUGAACCGUUCGUGGCGAACCGUUCGCGAACCGUUCCGGACAUCACUAAACAUAGACCCUGCAAACCAAUCUGGCAAACUGAAAUGGGCAAGCCCUAUAUUGACACUGUAACUUUCCAAAACACAACAAAAACUGAACAUGGGAGGUACUGUUGUACUUGUGAGAUAUUGCUGAACACAAAUAUGAGUAUAUAGAGCAGUAAAAUGUAUAAUGUUAAUGAAGUCAUUUGUGAAAGAGCGGUUUCAUUUUUGAAAAAUGCAAAAAACAAAUAUGAACGAUAAGGGAUUGUGACUAAGUGGCUUCUAAAAAAGACUACACAUACACCAUUUUGAAUACCUUGGGUUAUCUACUUGUAUAAAUUGUAUGCCAUGAUGGGGGUAAUGUUCACUCCUGGGCUGCCAUAAAGUCUCAAAUGCAAUACAAUCAACUUGUCAAAUGUGUAAAAGUAGAAAGAGAAAAGUCCUAUAAUUGAGCUUGUAAGUUUUCAAAACCCCAUAACCCCAUAACACCUGUACAUGCAUUUCUUACCUCCUAUAACCAACAGGAGCCUCCUAAAUGUAUUUAAAGUUCAAUUUACAGAGCAGCAGAUAAAAACAUUUAAAGUAAAAUACAUCUGAUUUAAAAUUAAACCAUUUUUAUGCAGGCCGUGUCAGUCACAGCCAGAAGAGGUGUGGCCAGGGCAGAAAAACAGAAACUAAAGUGAUUUAACGCAUAAAUAGCAGAUAAUUGAGCAGUGAUACUGCAGAGGCGUGAUCUAACACCAAUUGACUUAAUUAAGCUGAAGUUUUUCUGAUGACUAUAGUGUCCUUUUAAUUCAACAUACAAUCAAUUUCACGCUAAUACAUAUAUUUUAGCCCACGCUAAAAUAUAUAUAUUACUAAUAUAUAUAUUUUUUAUUAAUGAAACAAUUCCAAUGAUAUUACAUACAAUGAAUGCUUAAUGGAGAUUUGUUUGACUAGUUACAAAUGAUGAUAUUUUUUAAAUGAGCUCUAUUUGCCACCUCACAAAGUUGGGCUCUUUUGAUUGCAAAUUCUACUCUGAAUUUUUGCCCAACCUGCUUCAUAUAUACUUCAUGAAUAAUAGAAUGGGCAGUUAAGACUCUCCAUCUGUCUCAAUAGCUGAAAAAACUAAACCAUCUUCCCAACAGUUAAUCGGCAUUAUCUCCACAUUAUCUUAAUUGGCAUUAUCUCCACAAUGGUACAUAAGGAUUGGAUUGGAAACAGAGCUGGCAGCUAGUGGCAGUUCUCAUUCCAUUUAGAUAUAUGACAGAAACAUUGAGCCACAUUAAGCUAGUUUAGGCCAGGUUAUCCCCUUGUUCUCCGACCUCUUAAAAAAAAUGGAUAUUAUUUAUAACUGCUGUUGCUCCCUCUUUUUUUUAAAGGGACACUGUAGGCACUGUAUCUGCUUCAUCUCAUUAAGCUGGUUAUAGUGUAUGGAGUCCCCUGGUGCCAUCAUUUCUUUCAGCAUUAAACAGUUUUUAAUGUUGUAAUGUUUUUAUGCUAAACAAGAGACCACGGCAGUUCAUCCUUUCUGUGCUGCUUUGGCUAAUAAGGAAGUAUUACCCUGAGCAGCAAUGAGCAGCUGUGAUUGGCUGAGAGUGUCAGCUGACUGCUUUUAACCUGUCAGAGCUCCAACUGAUGGUAUGAAUGGGUAUGACAACAAGGAAGUGUGCAAUCUCUGCCUUAGCUACACAUACAGAAGGGGCCGGACUGUGGGUGACCAGGGACUCUUAUUUUGUGUCAUACUGCACAAACAUGGUGAAACACUGAAUGGAGGGACAGUGCCAGGGCACUCCAGGCACUAUAACCAAUUCAAAGAGACAAAGUGGUUAUAGUGACUAUAGUGACUAUAGUGUCCCUUUAAAUGCCUUUCAUUGUACUGGUUUUACCCUGCCUAACUGAGUCUUGUGGUGCCUGCUAAACUAAUAGUGUGUUGCACUGAAGCUACAAGCUAGAUGUAUGGGAAAGCUUUGUUCUUAUCAGGGUGGGGGGAGGGGGGUGUCAGUGGAUGGUCAAUUGCCCACUGAAAUGACUUUUGCUCAGAUUUUUAGAAAGAAAAAUUGAUAGCAAAAGGAAAAAUAUAACAAUCAAUCAUUAUCUCACUUAUUUUUAUAAUUUGGGAAAUAAAAAUCUAAUUUUGGCAAGUGAGAAUUGGCAUUGCAAAAAUGGCUGUUAUUAACUAGUCAUUAGGCCUGGAAAUCCUGUAGUAAUUUUAGCAUGUCUGCAGAGCCAUGGACAUCAUUUUUACUUCUGUUGUGGCUACCCUAAUUCCAUUCCCAAUUUUUUUAACUACCGAAUUUGACCAAGCCAAACUGCAGCAUGUAUGAAAUUAUGUCAACCCCCCCAAAAAUUUUUUUAAAAAUCUGCCGACGGGAGUCAGGAGAACAGGUAAUUUCCCCUUGCACAAGUCUAUAUAAUAGACACAUUAAAUAGUUUCAGUAAUUGGUAAAAGGUGGAAACAUCGUGGUAAUGGAUGACUCCUCUAAAAGAGAUGAUUUUGCUGAGAUUAGUACCGUUUUUUCCCGAAAAUAAGACCGGGUCUUAUAUUAAUCUUUCCCCCUUAAAAACGCACUUACUUUCAGGGGAUGUCUUAUUUUUGGAAAAAUGGUAGCAAGCAUAUGCUAGGAAUAAAACAAACAAACAAAAAAAAAAAACACACUAAGUCAUCAGUGAAUACUAUUCUACCAAUCUACUUCCCUAAUACUUCCCUUACUUUUUCCCCUAAAAAAUGCACUAGGGCUUAUUUUCAGUGGAAAUCUUAUUUCGGUAGAAAAUGGUAGCAAGCAUAUGCUAGAAAACGAGUCUUCAUUUGGGGGAAUUCCCCAGGUCAGUAGGGCAUGGAGUCCCGCAAAUCUACAUUUGAGGAAGCUUCUCUGAAACAUAGAUUAGCUCACUUGUGAAUGGAAUCCAGCGAAUCUAUAUUCAGGGAAAAUUCCACAAACAUAGAUUAACAAACUAGUUACUAGGGCUUAUUUUUGGGGUAGGGCUUAUUUUACGAGCAUCCCCCCAAAUGAGCUACGGCUCAUUUUCGGAGGAUGUCUUAUUUUCGGGGAAACAGGGUAUAUGUCACGGCAGCUAGUGUGGUCCAACACGCAGAAACUAUGUAAAUAUAUACUUACAAAAGAAAAGAAAAAUAAAAGGGCAGAGCGUAACCGGACCUUAGAAUGGCUGGACUAAUAUGCUAGAGAUAAAGAAUGGUCAAAUGGAAACCCGAGGUCAAGGAAGCCAGAAAUACUCAAAUACCGUUUACACAAGCCAAGUCAGGGGAACCAGAAUUCGGAAUAACCAGGGAAAAGCCAAGAUCAGGAUACCAGGAAAUCAGUUUCACAAAGAUAAAAGCACUCUCAGGGAACCAGGAACAGGAAACCACGACAGGGCAAGGAAGUAAAGUGAAUUAGGGAUUUAAAUAUCCCUCUCUGGUUUCUGAUUGGUCAGAGGGUGACCUCUGACCCCAGAACAUGCGCGUGCGUUGACGGCGGGACGUCACACGCACUUUUGUAUUCAUUAGAGGGGCGGAGCUUAAGAUGGACGUGACCACAUGGUCCACGCCAUCUUUGAUUUGGGCGCGAUGCCCAGAGAAGACAGCGGAGCGGCUCCCGGCUCGCCGACAAGCAGGUAAGCUCGUGGUGUCGGCGAGACCGUGCCGGUCGGGUACAGCCGUGGCACCCUGCGGGUCGGGAGCCGCAACUGUAACCCCACUCGAAGACCACUUACUGGGAGGGAAGGAGCCGGAUUAUGAGGAAAGAGAUUGUGAAAUGACCGGACAAGACGGGGCACAUGAACCUGGUCAGCAGGAACCCAACAACGUUCCUCUGGACCCUAUCCUUUUCAGUCAACAAGAUAAGACAAAAUAACCCUGGAGAUUUUGGAGUCUAAAACAGAAUGAACCUCGUACUCCUCCUGGUCACCCACUACCAAAGGCGGAGGAGGAGCCGAAACUCUAGUGUAUUGAUUGCAAGUAAGAGGCUUAAGCAAUGAUACAUGAAAUGAAUUGGCGAUUCUCAUGUGGACAGGGAGUGCCAAGGAAUAAGUCACAGGGUUGAUACGGCGGAGGAUCCAAAAAGGACCGAUGUACCGAGGGGCAAAUUUCAUGGAAAGAACUUUAAGUUUGAUAUGACGUGUGGACAGCUACACCUUGUCACCUGGUUGGUAAACAGGAUUGGCACCCCGUCUCUUGUCAGCUUGGAUUUUAGCACGUUUUGAUGCCUUUUGUAAUGCUGUUUGAACGGAAUUCCAAGUGUCAUGAAUAUAAUGUAAACGAGCGUUCAAGGCAGAAAUAUCUGUGUCUGAAAAUUCCGAAGGGAAAACAGUGGGAUGAUUUACAUAAAAUGGACUAUGAUUAGAGGAUUCAUGAGUCGCAUUAUUCCUGGCAAACUCAGCCAUGGGUAAGAGUUCAUACCAGUUAGACUGAUUGGCAUUGAUAAAACAACGUAAAGAUUCCAAGGACUGUUUGGGCCUCUCUGCAGCGCCAUUAGUCUGAGGGUGAUAAGCGGAGGAAAACGAAAGUUCUAUACACAAUUGUUUACAAAAGGCACGCCCGAACCUAGAAAUAAAUUGGGUACUUCUGUCAGAAACAAUGUUUUUAGGCACCCCAUGUAAACAAAAUAUCUCUUUUAAAAAUAUUUGUACAAGAUCAUGAGCAGAUGGCAAUUUUUUAAGAGAUACAAAAUGUGCCAUUUUUGAGAAUCUAUCUAUGAUCAUAAGGAUUGUGUUAAACCCGUUUGAACUGGGCAGAUCCACCAUGAAAUCCAUGGCUGAAUGGGUCCAUGGAGCAGUAGGUAUAGGUAAUGGUUGUAACAAGCCAGGAGGUGGUUUGUGAGAGGAUUUAGAAACUGCACAUAUUUGACAUGCCCCUACAUAAUCCUUGAUAUCAUUCCUAAGUGUAGGCCACCAGAACCUCCUGGAGAUAGCAGAGAGAGUUUUAUGGACUCCCUGAUGACUUGCUGUCAGAUUAUCAUGGAAUAAACCAAGUACCUUUUUUCUUAAUAGUGGUGAAACGUACAGUUUAUCCGGAGGCCUCUCCACUAGUGCCUGAGUUUGAUCUGUGAUUAUAGCACAGAAGAGUGGAGAAGACACUUCAGAAACAGUAGUAGCAAUAAGGCAUUCUGGAGGUAUGAUACCUCUUGGGGGAUACCUCUUGUUCAGGAAUCUCAUCUGUCUCAAACUGUCUAGUGUUCUUGGUCCCGGGCCUAUAGGUAAUUACAAAGUUAAAUCGGGAGAGGAACAAUGUUCAUCUAGCCUGAUGAGAGGACAAUCUCUUAGCGUCCCCAAUAUAAGCCAAAUUCUUGUGAUCGGUAAAAAUCAGAAGUGGCUCUUUGGAACCUUCUAAGAGAUGUCUCCAUUCUUUAAAGGCAAGUAUUAUGGCCAAUAAUUCCGUAUUCCCAAUGUGAUAAUUUUUCUCUGCAGGUGUUAGUUUUCGAGAGAAAAACCCACAGGGAUGUAAAGGCGUAUCAGGACUUUCUCUUUGAGGCAGAUUGGCUCCUGACACAUUUAUUCUAGAAGUAGAUGCGUCAGAAACAGGAGUAGCCUGUUUCUGACGCAUCUACUUCUAGAAUAAAUGGUUUGGUUGGAUCGGGAUGUGUCAGGACAGGUGCUGUGGCAAAUAAAGAUUUUAAUUGUUCAUAUGCCUCCUUUGCUUCCUUGGGCCAUGAACUGCAAUCUGCUCCUUUUUUGGUUAGAUUGGUAAUAGGGGAGAUUACAGAGGAAAAACCUUUAAUGAACUUGCUGUAAUAAUUCGCAAAACCUAUAAAGCGUUGUGUAGCUGUUUUUUAACAGGGUUUUUAGUACUAUUCUCACAUGUUCGUGAUGUGUCUCUAGGUCUGGGGAAUAGAUGAGAAUGUUGUCCAGGUACACUAAAACGAACAUGUGGAGGUACUCCCUAAGGACAUCAUUAAUGAAAUCCUGAAAUACCGCUGGAGCAUUGCAUAGUCCAAACGGCAUAACUAGAUAUUCGUAGUGUCCCAUUCUUGUAUUAAACGCGGUCUUCCACUCAUGCCUUUCCUUAAUUCUGACUAGGUUGUAAACACUUCUGAGGUCGAGCUUAGUGAAGACUUGGGCUCCUUUCAACCUGUCGAAUAAUUCAGAAAUAAGGGGAAUGGGAUAGGCGUUUUUUAUUGUUAUCCUAUUCAAAAUUGACCGCUGCCCCAGAGUCAAUCAUAGCCUCACACUGUACAGCGGUUUUCUUACAAGAUAAAGUAACUCUUAUAAGGAAAUGGUUCUUAGUCAAUUUAGGGGACAUAUAAAAUCACACCUAAGGUCGGUCCCCGAACGUGCCUUAGGUGCGCAAGUUUUCCGGCCGAACCGGACAUGAAAAUGUUUGAUGUCCUCUUUUGCCACAAUAUAAACAUAACCCCUCAUUGCGUCUCUAUAGUCUCUCUGCCUCAGUGAGUUUGGUAAUGCCCAGUUGCAUGGGUUCUGGUUCUGGAGGUGGGGCAUGGUUAAUUACCACUGGGUUAGAGAAACGAGGGGCUAUGGAUAAGGUAGAACGUCUAGUACGUUUGUUUUUCUCUUUUUCUCUGAGCCUGUUGUCAAUAUCUAUCAUGUAGGCAAUAAAGUCAUAAAGGUUAACCGGAAGAUCUCUGGCUGCGGUCUCAUCUUGUAUAUUCUCUGCUAGGCCUUAGGAGAAGGCAGCCACUAGACCGCUAUUGGUCCAGUCAACCUCAGACGCCAAAGUUCUAAACUCAAUGGCGUAGUCAGCUACAGAGCGAUUGCCUUGUUUUAUUCUCAUUAGGGCUCUGGCAGCGUUCUUUUCUCUCCCUUUUGGCUCAAAAGUAGCUUUAAAUGCUGUUAGAAAUACGUUGUAAUCACGGGCUACUGGUUUCCCACUCUCCUAUAAGGGAUUAGCCCAGGUUAAAGCCUCACCCGUUAAUUGGUUCAUUAGAUAGCCAAUCUUCGAUUAAUCUGUAUGGAAUGAACCAGAGGCAGCUUCGAAGUGGUAUUCAAUUUGGUUUAAAAAAACUCUAAAUUCUUUAGAAUCACCCCCAAAAUGAGGGGGAGGUGAAAGGGUCAUGGACGGUGGUUUGUGUGCCACCGAUGUUACCACAGUUGGUGGAGUCACAGGUGGUACAGGAGGUGCCUCCAGAUAAGCAGUUCUCUGGAGCAAGGUCUGGAAUGCUUUGGCAAACUGAUCUAACCUGUGGUCCAUAUCCUCCACCCUAUUCUCACAGGCAAUCAUAUGUUUACAUAAGUCCGCAGGAUCAAUGGCUCUGUCGUAAUGUCACGGCAGCUAGUGUGGUCCAACACGCAGAAACUAUGUAAAUAUAUACAUACAAAUGAAAAGGAAAAUAAAAGGACAGAGCGUAAACCGGACCUUAGAUUGGCCGGACUAAUACGCUAGCGAUAGAGAAUGGUCAAAGGGAAAGACGAGGUCAAGGAAGCCAGAAAUACUCAAAUACCAUUUACACAAGCCAAGUCAGAAGAACCAGAAUUCGGAAUAAACAGGGAAAAGCCAAGAUCAGGAUACCAGGAAAUCAGUUUCAAGAUAAACGCACUCUCGGGAACCAGGAACAGGAAACCACGACAGGGCAAGGAAGUAAAGUGAAUUAGGGAUUUAAAUAUCCCUCUCUGGCUUCUGAUUGGUCAGAGGGUGACCAUGACGUCACGCGCACGUUUGUAUUCAUUAGAGGGGCGGAGCUUAAGAUGGAUGCAACCACGUGGUCCGCGUCAUCUUUGAUUUGGGCGUGAUGCCCAGAUAAGACAGCGGAGCGGCUCUCGGCUCGCCGACAAGCAGGUAAGUUCGUGGUGUUGGCGAGACCAUGCCGGUCGGGUACGGCCGCGGCACCCGGCGGGUCGGGAGCCGCAACAGUAUAUAUAUUUAGACCAACACCUUACUCAUUCUUCAAAGCUGUUUUCACAGGUGUUAGAAGAGAUUAAAUCAUCUUACUAAAAGGUGGAAAAACCUGGAGUGGCAAUUUCUAAUAUGAAUUAUCCUAUUGACAAAAGUGGCUUGUGGGUCCAAAAUUAGAAAUACCACACAUGAGUUACAUCUUGUUUGUUUUAGUAAAAUAUUAACAAUAUAAAAGUGGAAAUUCCCAAUAAUACCCACAGUAAGAGAGGCCUUUCUAGAAUUGGAGGAGAUAUGAUUUUGAAAGUAAGUAGAACCUUUGAUGUGAGGUAUCAUGAAUAUGUUUGGUAUGUGAUCUUGCAGGAUUUGAAGGAAAAUAGACUACAAAUAGAUUCCCCUGAGACAUAGCACUUGCUCUUGCUAUAUAAAUAAUAAAAUAAUAAAUAAUAAUAAUUCUAAACAAAUGUUAUAAAUAUACAAUGGCAAGGAAAGCACUUCUAUUACACACCUUCCCUCAUUUCUUUAAACUUAGAAGAGUUUGCCAUCAAACAAAACAGCAAUAAAUAAAAUGACCUAAAGGUUAGUUAUCAUUUUUGAUCUGAUGAAAGAUCAAAAAUAAAGACUAACCUUUAGGUCAUUUUAUUUAUUGUGGUUUGUUUGAUGACAAACUCUUCUAAAUUAACAGAAAGGAGGGAAGGUGUGUAAUAGAAAUGCUUUCUUUACACUUGUAUAUUUAUAGCAUUUGUUUAGAAUUGUUAUUAUUUAUUAUGUUAUUAUUUAUAUAGCACCAGCAAGUUCCGCUGCGCUGUACAAUGGGUGGACUAAUAGACACGUAAUUGCAAUCAGACAAGUUGGACGCACAAGAACAGAGGGGUUGAGGGCCCUGCUCAAUGAACUUACAUGCCAGAGAGAGUGGGGUCUAGUGACACAAAGGGUGAGAGUAGGGGUAUCAAAAUAAAUUGCUAGAAAAGUAUUCACUGAGGGCUUAGUAGAUUAUUUUUGACAGUUGCAGGAGAGGAGUUGGGUUUUGGGUGUGAAAAUCUGCUAACAGUUUAAUUGAUACAAUUUUCUGAAAUAGUGUGUUUUCAAUGAUUUUUUGAAGGAAUGGAGACUGGAUGAAAGUCUAACAGAGAAGGAAAGGGAGUUCCACAAAAUAGGUACAACCCUGGAGUAGUCUUGAAGACGAGCAUCAGAGGUGGGAGUACGGACAGAGGAUAGACAUAGGUUUUUGGCAGAGCACAGGAGCCUUGACGGUCAUACUUGUGCUUGUGUAUUAGGGAGGUUAGAGCAGCAUUAUAUAGAUACUUGUAAACAAGCACCAGAAUCUUAAAUUUAGCCCUAUAUCUUACUGGAAGCCAUUGUAGGGACUGACAGAGAAGUGAGGCGUGGGAGGUGCGGGAGGACAGGAAGAUGAGCCUCACUGCCGGAUUUAUAUUAGAUUGCAACGGUGCAAGCUGGGAACAUGUAAGACCACUGAGAAGGGGAUUGCAGCAGUCAAGGCAAGAGAAAACAAUGUCAUGGACCAGCAUUUUAGCCGCCUCUGGCGUUAAAAAGGGGAGGAUGCGCACUAUGUUUUUUGAGAUGGAAGUGGCAGGAUUUGGCGAUCGACUGGACAUGAAGGGUGAAGGAGAAGUCAGAGUCAAAGAGAACACCUAAGCAGUGAAUCUGUGAAGUAGAGGUGAUGGUAGUGCCAUUGAUUUAGAGACAGACAGACACAGGAGUAGCAAUACUUGAGGGAGGAAAGAUCAGAAGUUCGGUUUUGGACAGGUUGAGUAAGGAAGUGGGCAUCCAUCCAGUUGGAAAUCGCAGAGAGGCAGUCAGAGACAUGUGUCAAGAUGGGCGGAGAGAGAUCAAGAGAGGAUAAGUAGAUUUGCGUGUCAUCUGCAUAUAAAUGAUAGUUGAAGCCACAGGAGUUAAUGAGUUUACCAAGGCAGUAUAAUAGAGAACAGUUGGGGACCAAGGACAGAACCUUGGGAAAUGCCAAGAGAGGGGCGUUGGGGAAAAGAGGAUGAGCCAGAGAAGUAAAUACACUGAAAGAGCGCUAAGAGGUAGGAGGAGCACCAGGGGAGAGCAGUAUCCCAUAGACCUAGAUUACGGAGAAGAAGCUGUUGAUGAUCAACAGUUUCAAAGGCAGCAGAAAAUUAAAUCAUUGGACACUUUGGUUACAUCCGUUUUGACAGAGUGACGAGCAUGGAAUCCAGACUGAAGUGGGUCAAGGAAAGAGUUAGAUUCGAGGAAGUCUGUCAAUCUUGCAUAUACAAUUCUCUCAAAGAUCUUAGAGGCAAAUAGCAGUAGCGAGAUAGUGUGGUAGUUGGAUGAGGAGUUAGGGCCAAGGUUGUUUUUUUUUCAGAAACGGGGUUACAGUUGCAUGUUUGAAGCCUGAAGGAAAUGUGCCAGAGGAGAGGGAGAGAUUGAAUUUUUUAGUGAGAUGGAGAGCAAGAGAAGGAGACAGAGUGUGGAUGAGAUAUGAGGGAAUAGGAUCGAGGGAACAGGUGGUGGGGUGGGAGGACCGGAACACAGCAGAAACCUCUUCCGCUGUGGUGGGUGCAAAGAGCAUAGAAUAGCAGAGGGAGUGGGGUUGGGGGAAAUAUUGGUGGGAGAGGGUGAGAGAUUAGAGAUCUCUUCCCUGAUUGUAGAAAUCUUCUUAGUGAAGUGAGUUGCAAAAUUUGUGGUGGACAAGGUUGUAGGAGGAGGGGGAGCAACAGGUAAAAGAAGAGCAUUAAAAAUGUGAAAAAGGCAUGUGGUCAAGGCAGUCAGUAAGGGUUUUCGUUGAGAUUGGCGAGUUGACGAUGUUGAAAUUUGGGUACGCAGUAUGUCGAUGUCAAAGGUCAGACAAAGGAAAUGGAACAUUGGAGAGAUUAAAGGUGGUAUUGGUGAAGAGGAGAUCAAGAGUGUUUCCUGCUGUAUGAUUUGAUGAAAUAGACCACUGUGUGAGGCCAAAGGAGGGGUUACAGAGAGCAGACAGGAGGCAUCAGUGCAGUUAAGGUUGUUGAUUGGGAUGUUAAAGUCCCCAAGUAUAAGGGAAAGAGUUAUUAGGAGAGAAAGUGGGUAGCCAUGAAGAAAAGUGUUUGAUGAAUAGUGUAGGAUAACCGGGGGCGGCGAUAAAUGAUGGCAGUUCUUAAGAAGUGGGCUUAAAUAAGCGGACAGUGUGAACUUCAAAGGAAGUGAAUGAUAGGGCAGGGAGGAAAGGUUUAAAGGUACAUUGAGGGGACAGGAGGAUACCUACACUGCCUCCUCUACAGUUUAGUCUGGGAGUGUGGAAGAAUUGUAGUCCACUGAAACAUAAAGAAGCAGAAGUAGUAGUAUCAGACGGGGGGACAGCCAGGUCGCAGUGAGUGCUAGUAGCGUGAGUGAAUUAGAGAUUUAAAGAAAAAUUUAAAAAAACUUAGUAAGAUCUAAAGUGAACUACAGAAAAAUACAGCAAAAUAAAAAAUCAGAGAAUGGGUCACUUUCAAAAUUAGGAGGGGGACCUAAAUAGUAUUUUGGAUUGGAAGAUUAAUAAAUGUAAAACCAUUUAUAAAGUGCCAACAGAUUCUGUAGCGUUUUACAAUAUUUACAUUAUAAGAAAUCCCUAUUUUAUUCUUGUAAAAGGAAUAAUAUUGCAUGUCUGCAUGCCAAGAGGUCAUCUAGACCUGACUGGAAUAUGGUAGGUUAAUAAAGGUGGAAGCUGACUGUAUAGAGUCAACAUGAGAACACUCUUUAGGAGUGAAUAUUUGCAAGGGUCUUUAAACUCAUUGUCAGAAUUAUAAUCUAAUUAGCAUAAAAGUAAUAAUAAUCUUGAUUCAUUUUAAUGCUUUAAUUUUCAAAUUUCUGUUUGUUCUAAAUUUUAGAAAAUAUCAAAUCAGACAAAUUGAAUUUCAUCGAAAAAUGCUGUUCAUGUUCAACAUUUGAAUGGUGGUGGUUACAAAGUUACAAAGUACCAAUUUAUGGAUUUAUCUGCUAAGCUGCUGAAAGAUCAAAAUUAAGAAAAGCCCUUCUCAGAAUUUAGCUUUUUCAGCUACUUAGUAGAUAGUUCCAUAAUUUCCUAUCGUAACAUGGGAUUGCAUCAAGUAAGGGUACAUAAUACGGGGGUUAUUUGCUAAACAACUGAAAGAGCAAAAUUCAUAAAAGGGUCUUUCUUAACUUUGCUAUUUCAGUUGUUUAGUAUGUAACUUCCUAAUUUGCUAUCCUUAUCAAAACAAAUGGAUCCAAACUUAUUUGUUUUGAUUUGUUAAGGAUCUAUUAUGUUUAUUUUUUUGUCUAUUCAAAAAUGUGGACACUUCUGAAUUACUGAAUUUGUCUGGAUUUGUUCAAAAUGUAAUUCAGAAGCAAACUAAUUGUACAUGUGUAUUAUGUUUCAAUGCAGUUGGUGAAGUAAUUCCUCCAAAUUCUUACUUGUGCUCUACCUUUCCAAUUUUGCGUUCAACAGGCUGAUGUUAUUAUUGCAAAGCCUUUGCCAAAAUUUGGAGAUGAUCCCUAUACUUUACAGUACAGAGGCUGUGGACAACAAGGAGAAUAUAUUCACUUAACACCAAACUUCUUGCUGGAGGACAAACUGGUUUCCAUUUAUGGACCUCGUGGUAAAGACAAAUCUUUUCAUUUUCAUUUUGAUUGUACUUCCUCAUUCCAAUUGAAUUUACAAAAUGAUUCAUCUGAAAUUAUUAGCACAAAGGUUCUUGAUGCUCUAAAAUUAUUAGGGUACUUCAGGCAACCACACAAUUUAAAGACAACACUUAAUCUUAAUGUAUCUUAAUUUAGAAGUUUAGGUGUAAGUCUGGCAAAUUUAAAAAUGUCUGCUUCUGAGAAAUAGUAGUAUUUGUUUUUGUAAGAUAACAUUCCUCUAGUGACUGCCCAGGUGACAGCCACCAGAGAUAUUUCUUUCUAAAUCAGCUAUACCUACAGUUUGGCUAUUUUAGUCUUAUUUUUGCAAUCCAGUCUUCAGUUUAACACCACAGAUUUUCUUUUUCCAAUUGAUGCCAUUUUACAUUAAUUGUCCAAACACUACUAGAAUCACAUUGAUUCCAGACAAUUAUUCUGUGUGUGCAUUAUGUCUCAAGUGUGCCCAAAUUCACUAAAUCUCUCUUUAAAAAAAAGAAGAGAAACCAGGAAUUGACUGGGAGACAGUAGGGUAAAUAUACAUUAAAGUCCCUCUAAUUAUGUAUCUACUAAAAAGCACAUGUAACAGUUUAGGUAUAUGCUUUUCAGGGGAUACUUUAUAGCUCACAAGUUUUUAACUUAGAGUAAAUAAAUACCCUCACGCUUACCUACCUUUAUAUCUGGUUUAUAUCAGGUGACCAAUUUGAGGAUCUCUGGCUCCCUUUCAUUAACUUAUAUGUAACAUAAUUUCUGUCUAGUGAAAUUUAACACAAAUCGAUCUAAUGGAUUUUAAUGGGAGACCUUCAACCUCUUUGGUUUAUAAAGCAUGAGACUAAAGUAAAAUUAUAUUUUUGCCCCUAAUAUUUCUUAACCACUACACCCUAUCUUAGAAAGUUUUUCAGUUUAAAAACUUUACUACAAUUUUGUAAAAACCCAUGCUAUUAGAUAUUAGAAAAUAACAGCUCUAGAGUGUAAGCUUAUUUGAGGAGGGUCCUCAUCAACCUAUUGCUCAUGUAACAUUAUGUAAAUGUCUAAUUUAUUGUUAAAUGUCCCCCUUUUAAGAUAUAAUAAAGAACUGCAGAAUAGGUUAGCCUUAUAUAAAGGACAACAAUAAUAAUAAUAAUAAUAAUAAUAAUAAUAAUAAUUACAUCAAGUUUUUUAUGUAUUUUGUAAAUAUUAAGCAAAACAUUAUGCAAGCUGCUUUCCAGAUCAUCUAUUUUGUUCUGGGUUAUUCACUAAAAUGAGAUUGCAAAGUGAAUUCACACGGAAUUUCAAAUUUAAGGUCAAAAUAGGUGAACUGGAAAUAUUUUCUAAGUCAUACGUGCUUUUAUUUCAGCUAUUUUGGCCUUAAAUUUGAAAAUCACUCUGAAUUUAUUUUGAAUUCUAACUUUAGUAAAUAACCCUAUAUGACUCUAAAUCAUUUCAUGCUUUGUUUUUUAUCAAGUAAAAUAUUCUUUAUAUGUGGACAUCAAUCUAUACUAGUGUUCUACAUAGAUACAUAGUUAUUCACUACGGUAGGAAGUGAAUUUCAAAUUUAGGAUGAAAUACUCAAAUGACAAAAAUUGUCCAUGUCCUUUCUGAUUUCAGUUUGGCUAUUUUGGCCUUAAAUUUUAUUUAUUUUGAAAUCAUUUUGAAUUUACAAGCACUUGUCAUUUUAGUGAAUAACUUUGAUAUUUGUAAAGAUCAUGCAUUAUUUUAGAGAUGGAUUUAUAGAAAGCUGGCAAUAAGUGCACAAUUAUUACCUUCUUAUUUUGUUUACCAUUAUACGUGAGCUUCAUUGAGAGGAAUAGACAAUAUUACUCAAUAUGACACCCAAUAUGUAUGAUUCACUGGUAAUUUUUUAUUUCUUUAAAAUAGGGAAAGUAAUUAUCCAUGAAUGGGCCCACCUUCGUUGGGGAGUCUUUGAUGAGUACAAUAUUGAUAUCCCUUACUAUAUUUCUAGAGAGCUUAAAGUGGAAGCAACAAGGUAAUUAUAUUGAUUAUAGCCCGUACUUAUUCAGUUGCCUUACAACAAUGAAUAUGAAUUGUAUUAUAUUAUAAAAGAAUAUCUCAAAUAUCAGCCAUUUCUAGCACAGCACUCUAGUGUGGUCCAUGACCACAAACCCAGAAUAUAGAGGUAUGUUUGAACGGGGAUACAUUCAGGAUAAGGGAGACAUCUGGAGGCAUGGGAAUACAGUGUGUAGCUGUGUGUAAAUGUGUAUGGGUAUGGGUGUAUGUAUAUCUGUGGAUGUAUAUGGGAUUGUGUAGUUGUGUGUGUAUCGGUGUAUAAAUGUAUUAGAGUGUAUAGCUCUGUGUGUAUCGGAGUGUUUAGUUUUAUGUGCAUAUGCAUAUGCAUGUGCGUGGCCAGAGGUCUCCAGGUAUGUUUAACUUUGAGAACCCCUGUCAGAAAGGCAUAUUUGCCUAACUAUUUUAAUGUUAUUUAAAUACAGUUAAAAUGUUUAAUGGCUCUGGUGUAUGGCCGAAAUGACAUUUUGGUGUAAGUUAUCACUUGUGCGUUUACAAUAGCAUAUGUUGAUGGGACAGACAGAAAAAUAUGUGUUUAUACCAGGAAGCCAUGGCAAACUCCAGACAUUUGAACAUGCCAGUAGUUGUCUAUAAUGCAACUGUUUAGUUCCCUUCACAUCUGACAUACAUAUUGUAUUAGAGAAGUUUUGACCUUAGUUAGCUUUAUCCUAAAGUAAAAAUAGAUUUUAAAGAAGCAAUAAUAGUUUAAUUUGGUACAAUCUUACUGCAAUAAAUGAUUAAUUCCAUGUUAACCACUUUUGAGUUUUUCCAUUUUCUACAUUUAAAAACACAGCUUUUACACCUCACAGUCAUAGAAAGAGGACGAGAAACAAAAACAAUGAUGAAACAAAUAUCAAGGCAAAAUCUAUUCUGACGCAAAGUGCUAAAUAAGGUCCAGUCACCAUGCAAACCAACUGAAUGUAUUUGUAUGUUAGCACUUUGCACCUAAAAUAGCAUCUGCUUUGUCUUGAUCACUUUUAAUAUUCCCUGUUUAACUAUCGCUGCAAAGUUAGCUCUAAAACAUUUCACUACCAAAAUUGUGUAUAAAUGUUUUUAUUUUCAUAUAUUUUGCAGUAUAACAUCUAGUCCAUAAGACCUCACUCACCCUCACUUAUUCUCUAGGAGUGAUACCUAGCCUGUACAAAAUUGAAUGUGUCUACCAGAGGUCACUGGUCACUGAUACAAUUAAUGUAAAGUUAUGAAAAUACAAGCUCACCCCCUGUUUUCAAACAGUACAGGACAUUUCACUAGGUGAUACCAUUCAUACAGUCAGGGAGGGGGAGGAGUGAAUGGACUAUGCCAUUUCACUGUCAGCAUUACAUUAUCAGUCCAGAGACUGAAAAAGAUUGCUAUAUCAGUUUUAUGUACCUUUAUUUUAGAAGUAUAUAAUUUAACCAUAUUUACUGUAUGUUGGCAUGAUGCUCAAUUGCUAAAAAGUUUUAGUAAGCUGUACUGCUAGUAAUGUCUUUAGGAUCCUUAAAAAUACCUAUUUGCAAGUUUUUUGAACAUUUUUAUUUAUACAUUUUUAUCACACGUACUGUUUGUGAGAAAAAUACUAUUUUUGUUUUUAUAACUAACAUUUCAGACCCUGAGUAAAAUAUUGCAAGAUAAAGGACACUACAUACUGUCUAAAGCUUUUCAUUUACCAAAUAUUUUGAUAAAGUAUGUACGAAUAAGUGAAAAAUGUGUAACUUUGUCUGCAAAGCAAUCGACAUGCUAAAUUUCUGUUGUGGUAUAUUCAUAUGCUAGCUAUGCAUCCCUUGCUUCAAAUAAAUACAAUGCUAAUAUUUUUUUCAAUCAAAAAAAUUGGUUGGUAUCAAAGGAGUGAACCACUCUAGUGGUAACAGAUCAGUUGUAGACUCAUUUAAGUAAGCCAUCUUCAGUUCUUUAUUUUAAAACUAAUUUAUCUGUGGCAGUACUAAUUAUAUGUAAUUUAUUAGCUAGUUUGUACUUGUAUUGUAAAUUUGUAACUUGUUGAAAAUGUUGUUGGUAUCUAAUUGAAAUAAUAUUAAAAAUAAUUACUUGCUAGGUUUGAAGUAUUUUAAAAAAAAAAUUAUUUUCAAUUGGAGUAAACAGAAAGCUUGCCAUUAAUAAAUGCACAUUUAAUUAUUGCCUUUUAAACACCCUUUGCAUCUAUUUAUUACAAUAGCUGAUUGUUAAAUUUAGUGAAGUCAAUAAAGAAAAUACUUCUCAAUGACGUCAAUGUGAGAGAACAAAUAUAAAGUAAAGUAGUGGAAACAAAUUCAGAUGAAGUAGUAAUAUGACAUGCACUAUUGUUAUUACAGGUGUUCUCUUGCUCUUAAUGGUACCAGCAGAGUUAAGCAGUGUACAAAUGAAUCUUGCACAACAAGAGCUUGUAAAAUUGAUGGCAGAACUGGUCUUUACGAAGAGGAAUGCUUGUUUUUCCCAGAUUAUAAACAACUUGUUAAAGAAUCCAUCAUGCAUAUUCAGGCCAUACCCUCUGUAAGUAUCGCAUCUUUUCAUAUGCAAAGCAGCUGGUUGAAUCUCUAAGUUCAUCAACAAAUAUGGAACACUUCGAGGAAUUUAUGAUAUAAUGAAUAAUUUUGGCAUGCUGGCAGUACAUGCAUUAAAUACCACUUUUAAAGAAUCACCUAAUAAAAAGUACUCUUCGGAAUACCUUCAUCCCCUGUGCGGAAGUAAGCGACUACAAUAAUGAAAAGUCACAAUAAUAACUGCAUCAUGAUGACAAUAAUGUGUGGGAAAUAGCCUAUAAAAAUCAAAAGGUUUCCUUGGGGACUCCUGUUUUACAUUAUUCUAUAAUUAAGGCACAGUAAGUGCAAUGAGAUGUUAAAGUGAGAUUUAAAUUAGUGAAUAUAAUCUCUAUAGCUAUACUUUAUGUGUGCUGGAGAGUGAUUAAUGUUCUAGUGCGAGUAGGCUUGUAGCCUGUAGGCGCACUAUGACACUAAGUAAAAAAACAGGAAUCUGCUAGUCUCACUGAGACCAUUAGUUUAUAUAAUGCCCCAAUAUUUGCUAAAGAUGUUCUUGUUAGUUGCUAUGUGAUAAAACAGAAGGUCACUGACAUGGUACACAAUAGGUACUAGGGCUAGAAAGACUGAAAACCUUAAUUGUACUCUAUUUGCUUGGAGUUGCUGCAUUUUCCUGGAAAAGGGCAUGGUAAAAAUGGUCAUAUAUAAUUCUUUAUUAAUUAAAUCCCUUUACUCUUCUUCAAGUAUUGUGUAGCAUCCCUCUGUUUAUAUUAGUUUUUAUUUUUCUUAACUUAAUGCCUACUGUCUACUCAUUCACCUGGUGGUAAUUUAGCCAAUCUUAAUAACUAGGUCAAAAUAUACAGGUAGCUGUGUCUCCUCCAAUUGAAUGAGUGUAAAUAUCAUCCAGCUUAAAGCCACAAAUCUCCUGAAAUUAUUCUGAAUUUUAUUUUUUUAGAGAACACUCUCCAGGAGAAAAAAAGUAUAUAAAGUGAGUUUAUUUAUAUUUUUAUAUGGAUUAUAGUUAUGUAUCUCAUGGAUUUGUUUAUCCUUAUUUUCAGGUUUCUGAAUUUUGUAAUGACAGUAAUCAUAACAUAGAAGCGCCAACACUACAAAACCGAAUGUGUAAUUUACGUAGCACUUGGGACGUCAUUAUGAGUUCCCCUGAUAUGAUUUUCAACCCUCCAAAUGAUUUCAUGAUUACACCUCCUGACCCUACAUUUUCACUACUGCAAUACGGAGACAGAGUUAUUAACCUGUUACUCGAUGUGUCUGGAAGUAUGAAAAAUGUAAGUUUAAGUGGCAAACCUAUUGAUAUUGAUGAAGUUUAAUAUGCAAACACUUGAUUGCUUCAUUAGUGAUUUCUUUAUAAUUAAGUUUUUAAUUUGUUGUAACUGGAAUCAGGAAAAGUACAGCAUAAUCUAAAUGUUCACACUGAACAAAAAAAGAAAGAAAAAAAUGAGGAUUAAUGUAUUUAAAACUUAAUUUUUAUCAUACAAAUGUAUAAGAGAAAAUUUACUAAUCCAUUGGAGCUGAAAUCAUUUGCUAUUGGUGCAGUACACCAAAGUGGUCCCUAGGGGUCUCCUUCCUAUAAGCAUUUCAAUGCAUAACUAAUUGGUUCAACAAAGAAUACAAUUUUUGCCUCUUUCCAUUUUAAACAUGGAUUCCUUUGAGCCUGUGUCUGCUGUAUACAACAGUUUGAAACACAACUUAGGAAAAGAUGCAGAGCCAGUGAACCACUCAUGGACAGCUGUUUCAGUGUUAAUGAACUAAUUUGCAUAUGCCCACCCAGAACCCUUUGUGUUAGUAACAUCACUGCAAAUUUGCUAUUUCUAUGGGAAAAGCAAGUCUUAUGGCUUGUCCGGUGUGCAGAUUUUUGUUUAACAUUGUAUUGACUAUCCACAGACUUCAGGUGGAAGGGGUUUUCAAACACAAUUUUUCCCCUCCAUAACUUUUUUGGCUAUAUAUAUAUAUAUUUUUUUUUACUUAGAUCAUAUAUAUAUAUAUAUAUAUAUAUAUAUAUACUUUUUUUCUAAGUAUUUUUUUUUAAUUACUAAACUUUAUGUAGUUAUGCUUUCCGAAAUAGUUCAGUAUUUGAGGACUGCCUGACAACCCAGGCAUUCCCUGUGCAGGUAGCACUAUAGCCUGCUAAAGAGGCCAUGUGUUCUCAAUAUUACAUGGCCCCGAAGGGCCAGGCUGAAUGCAGGAGGACUGCAUUGGUCAGGCAGUCCCCCCAAUCUGUACCACCACUGAAUGUGAUUAUACUUGGCCGGGAAGACGUAUCAUGGCGAUCUAAUGGCGUUAAAUCCCACAUUGUGCAGAAUGGCACAGUGUGCCCUGACAACAUUAAGGGGUUAUUUAUGAUGAUAACAAAGUCUCCAUUACUGACAUUUCAGUAAAGAUCAGUUCAAACACUAUGUAAACAAAGGUUGUAAUGGCUGUUAACUAUUAAGACCUCGCAAUAGUAUGGGACAAGUCUAGAAAACCUUGCUUAUUUGCCAGCCAUAUAGCGCAAAGUAACUGGUGAACCAAUGGUACAAAAAGGAUAAAAAAUUUAGGUGUUUUUAGAUUAAAAAAAAAACACUUUAGACACAAAAAGGUAAUGCCGAAAUCUUGGACUGGUUGGGGGUACUUGAAGACUGGGUUGGGAACCCCUGCUGUAAGGUAUCUGCCUAACUAGAUGUAUAUACAUUAUGCCACAUUAUGUAAAACACAUUAACAUCUAACCAAACUUCGGCAUUCUGAUUGGUGAAACAUUUCUAAGUCAACUUUUUUUAUAUGUAUAUCACCAUUAUAGCCAAAUUCUCAUAUCAUCUGAUCUACAACAGAGUUACGUACAUUUAAUGUGUCAGAAAGGUGAGUAUAAUUCAUAUAAAAUGAGAAUGUCAAUAAUCACAAGUAUGCUGUAUAGAAUUGGUUUAGUCAACUCUAUGAAUAAAACUAUUAUGAGUAAGUAUCUAGGCAGGGUUUGGUAAAUUUUGAAGACUUGCUACACAGUAGUGAAGAUCAAAAAUGCUAUUUGAUUUAAACUAUGAAUAUAUGUGUCAAUCCAUCAUGCUCACCUAAUAUUGUCCAAGAGUGAUAUAAGGCAUAUUUUAACCCCUUUUUUACCAUUGUAUCACCAGUAACUUUGUGCUGCAUGGCUGGCAAAAAUGCAGGGAUAUCUAGACCUUUUCCAUACUAUCCCAGGAUCUUAAUAGGGUACAGCGAUUACAACGCUAUGUUUUACAUGGUGUUUGAACUCAUCUUAAUUCAUCUUUACAAAGUAAUGGAGACUUUGUUAUCAUCAUGAUCAGAUUUUUUAGAAGGUGUAUUGUCCCUUCUUGUUUUUGUACUUGACUCAGAAGUCUCUAUCAAUAUUUAACUACUAACUUAUUAUAGAAAAUAUGCAAUGGAACUGUGACCCCUAGGGGCCAAUUUGGGGUAAUAUACAUGUAGCGAUCCAUUGAAAUGCUCAUAGGACUGAGACUCCUAUGGACCAAUUUGGGGUAUUACACCUAUAGCAAAUUAUUUCAAUUCCUAUAAAUUUGUGAUCCCUGAAGAUUACUUGAGGGUACUAUGGAAGGGAAUUUAAGCUAGGAAUACAUGUUAAAAUCUAUUUUGCUCAGCUAAUAUUGUGCAAGAGUGAUAUGAGACAUGUUUUCAUCCUACAUGACAAUGUAGGAUUAUGAAUUAAGAAGAAGCAUGUAAACAGUUUCUCUUAUACAUUUGUAUAGUAGAUGGAAUAAAAGUUGUUUUAAGGGCAUUAAUCCAGAUUUUUUCUUUCUUUUUUUUGUUAAGUCAUAUUGAAGGUUGAAAACCCCUGAAUUGUGUGGAUUGCUCUUUUUCACUUUUAGGAUUCUUUCUUGCUAAACCUUCUCACUGAAAUUGUAGCUCUUAAUUCUUAGCAACAAUAUAGUAUUGCUAUAAUGUUAGGAAAUUCACUAAACCAUAUAUUGUAGACAAUUUAUAAGUAAUUGCAUUUGUUUUGGAAAAAUAGCGUCAUUAAAAAAAUUCUUCAAUCUUGGCAAAAGAUUUGAAAUUCUCUGGUAAGUUGAAAAUGUAUUUGUAUUUGAUCAUUUAAGCCUACAUUUAAAACGGUCAUUAAUGUCAAAUAAAUUAAGGUGGAAUACAUUAAUUGACUUCUGACUAACUGACUUCCAAGAGCAUAGUCUAAUGGUGUGUGCAUACAAAUAUUUAAGGUAAACGAACAAAAAUUGUUAAUUAUUACAACACAUUAUUACAUUUUGUAUUUGUUUCAGAAUGACAAGAUUCUUCGACUGUAUAAAGCAGUAAAUUUAGUCCUUACUCAGAUUAAAAUAGGUUCUUUUAUUGGAAUUAUUGAGUUCUCUGAUAUAGCAACUAUUAUUUCAAAACCAGUUCAAAUAAGAAAUGAAUCUGACCGUGAGACGCUAAAAUCACUUCUUCCAAAGACAGCAACAUACAAAACAUCAAGCCUUUGCCCAGGAAUCUUAUCAGCAAUUGAGGUAUGCAACUUAUUUUUUUUGUUAAUAUGUUAUAUGAAGUAUGUAAACAUGUAUACAGUGGUGAUGGCUACUUCCUCAGGUGAUGGAUUGCACAAAUAAUAAUCAAAAUAGUAUGUAAAAAAAAUAAAAAUUAUAUAUAUAUAUAUAUAUAUAUAUAUUGGAAAAAUAAAGCGGGCUCAAUUUAUUGGUUUUCAAGUCAUAUUUACUCAUAACGUCCACAGUACAUGUAUGUUGAAUAUGAUUAUCUAUGUAUGUAUUAUUUAUUAUCAGAUUUCAAGCAAACCACACAUUAUUAUGUGUAGCAACUGAGAGUAUGUUUUAACUCGAGCAAAAUAGCUUUAAAAGCUAUCUAAUUUCUACACAAUUUAAAGUUCUUUUCAUGAAUGACUUUUAAUUGUCAAAACAUAGCUGUGCCAAUUGAAUUUAAACCAUAUGUCUAUUCAGAUACAGGAAAUUUAUUUAUUUCAACCAGAUUUGUACUUUCUCUACCAAAUCUAUACAAACCUUGGCAAAAUUGAGUAUUCACAAAUUCACAAUUUUGCAGAUUUGGCAUUUCGUGAUUUAAUUUAAGAUUUCAGAUUAUUUUUCUGGUAAAACAUUUUGGUUAGAUGAAAUGAUAAUGUUAAAAAACUUAAGUCGUAACCAGUAAUGUAAAAGAAGCAGUUUUUGGUUUUAAAAAUAACUUCCUAAGGGGGCGGAGCCUAAUCUUUCAUGGAGACAGAUGCGUGAGCCUUUAGCUCUCCUACCUCGGGGCACACAAUCCACAAUCCGCAACGAUACACCCUUUGUGCACAAAAACCCUCCUUAUACCUCUCCAACAUGGGGGGGGGGGGCAACAAAAAAACGCAAAGAACACACAACAUCAGUGGCCACGAUGUUCCUAGCAGAUGGCCUGGAAGACCUCAAUAACAGAUCCUGAAGGCAAAACACCAGGAAUAGGAGGUUGCCGGAGUCUGUUGCCCCUGAUACUAUACUCCCUACUGUAAGGGCAAUUUUUCAAUCUCUCCUCGCAGAGGCCACCGACCAGGCACUGUAUAUUCAAGAUAGCCCUACAUCCCCCGGCCUUCAACCCUAACAUACCCAGGGACAUACACUGAGGAAAAGCAGGAAGCUGAAACCCCUCACCACGGCAUUGGCAGAGCAAGGAUGGCACUAUAUGUGGGGACACCCCUUCAAACUCCUUGUCAGGAAAGGAGAACAAAUAUACGCCCUUCACCAAGAUAACGACAUGGAAGGACUUUGCCAAACAACUGGGGAUAUCGCUGCAAUACCCAUCAUCCGAUACAGGCUCAUUAGCACCAUCGGGCACCGGCCAAAAGGAAGGCAACCUACCUCUUCCACCUCGCCAACAACCUAGGAAAUGUCCUACAAUUGCAUCCAAGGGACAUACUCAAACUGGCACCUGAACCACGAGGCGCCCUACCGUAAACUUCCAUCAGGUUUACCUUCCACCAUUGUCGGUCUUAGAUUGUUCUGCAUGUAAAUAGUUAAUGUACCUCUAAAUGUAAAUAAUUAGCACUUUUUAUGUCAACCAUGGUACCCUAUGUCCGGGUGCUCUAACUUACACCUGACCAGCUCUCUUAGCCAAAUGGUUCCGGGAGGUUACAAGGGCACCUAUUCCUGGCUCACUGAAUGAGUCAUAAGCUUCAGAUCCACACUAUGGCUCCACACCCAGGGGUUCAUGAUAGAAGCCCAGAUCAACACACCCUACCGGCGUACAAACUUUAAAUACCCUUGCACGUGGCCACAUUUAAACAGCCAACCCUGAAUUGACUUGUGCUGUUAACCGCGACAUCCUCGGGCUAUAACUAUAUAUGCAGCGCCCCACGCUCCCAUCCAAAGGGUAUCCGCAGCCAGAUAGUUGACUCAUGAGGCAUGACCCUCUGUCAUCCUUCCAAAAAACCUUAACAAGGUUUGCUUCUCGCUAAAGCUGGUCUUAGAAGGGUUUAUGCAUAAAUAAUUAUUGCUUUUUUCAAUGUACCUUGCUAGCAAAGUCUCCUAAAACCAUGGUAACUGUUACGGUACCUUCAGCAUGAAAUGUACAAACCGCCGUUUAGUGAAUGUCCCUGUUCGCAAUAAUGCAGGCUGUAUGCGUAUCCAAUACAAUCAUGUGAACCACCAGUAAGGGAACACUCCAAACUCCCGAACGGUAUCCAUACGGUCACUUCCCUCCACGAGCUUCAAGCUCACGAACCAUCAAUAGCAGCCGAACGCCGGUAUCUCCCAAGCGGCUAAUAAUUCCAUAUAGCAGUCUCUAGUCGCCGGUAAUAAAAUCCUUCCAAAAAACCUUAACAAGGUUUGCUUCUCGCUAAAGCUGGUCUUAGAAGGGUUUAUGCAUAAAUAAUUAUUGCUUUUUUCAAUGUACCUUGCUAGCAAAGUCUCCUAAAACCAUGGUAACUGUUACGGUACCUUCAGCAUGAAAUGUACAAACCGCCGUUUAGUGAAUGUCCCUGUUCGCAAUAAUGCAGGCUGUAUGCGUAUCCAAUACAAUCAUGUGAACCACCAGUAAGGGAACACUCCAAACUCCCGAACGGUAUCCAUACGGUCACUUCCCUCCACGAGCUUCAAGCUCACGAACCAUCAAUAGCAGCCGAACGCCGGUAUCUCCCAAGCGGCUAAUAAUUCCAUAUAGCAGUCUCUAGUCGCCGGUAAUAAAAUCCCCCCAAUAACGAGACCAAGCUCCGCAUUGAGGGUAAAAACACGAACUGAGUUUACUGUGGGCUACCCGCCCGUAUUUAUGCAGGUCUGCCACUUGGUGGACACUCCCCUAGGGGACCAAAUGGGAGACUGGAAUAGCAGAUGGACAUAUGGCAUUUCAGGACAUACAGUCACACAAUAUUCCCAGCAUACAUCACAGUUUCCUCCCCUCUGCCCGGGAGAUAAUUGAGAAGUAAUUCAAUUAUCUCCCAGAGCAGAGGUAAAUCGCCAUUUUAAAUGCAAAUCAUAAAACACAUAAAAAUACAUAACUUUAUAACUGCCGAACAUUUCUCAUUCGUGUAACACAUCCCCAGAUAGCCUGGAUCUGAGUGCAUAUUGUUGGCGAAUAGCGCUCAGAUCCUAUACGCAUAGUUCAAUCGCCAUGGAGUCAAAGUCUAUUACAGUUCUUCGGUAUGCGAUUGACUCCAUGGGAAGGCUAUCUGGGGUAAGUCCAUUUGUGCCUUUAAAUCUCCUGAACGGCCGGUGUUCGCACACUUCGGUCAAUUGGAGAAGGGAGGUCGACGGCAUCAGCGGUGUUCGGUUGAAAAAGUGUCUGUUUUCAGUUCCAUGAAUUUAGUACCGAACACCGCUGGUCUUUCGCAUGGUUUAAAAUGGCCGCCGCCUCGUGGUCGACAUAUGAACGACGACCACCCUGUAUUCAGUUUUAAUUGAGAAGUGUCUGUGGUUAUCCGCAACGUUCUAAUUGGGAUCAAUAGGUUAACCAGCAGCACACUUCUCUUCUGGGUGGCCGUCCGUUCGACAGUUUUGUUUGGUAAAAAAGUCAAUUCACUUAAAUCCAGGCAUACGAAUGGGGGUGUUCGUGAAACAAGCAAACAGACGAAUCCAGCAAUCUUAGUCCAUACGGAUGGGUCUGUCACAGUAACAUGGUAACAGACAGAUUUUACAACCUACUCCCGAUCAGUAACGGUAAACAAUUGAUUCUGGGAGGGGGAAUGGGUGCCAACCCCAUUCUCACUACCGUUGUUACAUGCCUCAGAACUCAGCCACUACCACAACCCGCUCAGGGAUCCAUAAUAUAAGCCAAUGACUAUGCACCCUGUGGGGAUACAAGCCUAGACUGCCCAUACGUACUGCUAAACACAGUUGGACAAACCUGGAGGGACACACAAAGGUGCCAGCAGCAUUGCCAGGCCGUUUCCCCUGUCUGUGGCCCCCUAAUCCGUUCUCCUUGUUCAGGGCUCCGCGUACAUGGGUCUGGGGACACGUAGAAUGGGCAUCGCAUCUUGGGACCCCCACUGCCAUGUCUGUACACGGCCCCUCAGAUGACCUCACACUUAGGCAGACAAUACUAUCACGUGGCAUAUAUUGUACACCUAUCUAUACCAUUAGACAUCACAGGACCAGGAGAAAGAACUAGUGGCACUUUCAACUGGUCUAUCUUAAGUACACAUGCCUCCCUUAUGCGUUCACUUAUGCAUGUUCCCUUACCAGAGGCCGCGUAGAAAAGGACAACCCGACAAUGCAAUAGCAUACCACAUGCUGCACUCAAGGGCAAUCCCUGCAUCCGUGGAUUGAAAAAGAAACUGACACUUACAACACACACCAGGGUUUCCAUUACCAUGGGGACCCCCAGAUUGCCCCAGACAACACAUGGUGCAAUGUAUGUAUAUAAUUAUGUUUAAAGAUGUAAGCCUACUUUCAAUGUUUACCCACAUGUCAUUGUCUGAUCAAUACCCAAGAACAUCCCAAACUACAUAGAGGUCUUCCAUUAACUGCAAGUCAGAUCAACUUCACCACCCGCAGACCAGGAUUGAGCCCCCUACUUACAACCCACAACAGUCCCCAACUCACACUACCAUGUAUGAUCAGACCCUGGUCAUGGCGCUUGAACCCUACCCUCAUUCACAACCCACAGAUCCGAGAAUCGAUUUACCAAACUAUGUCCGAAUAUUUUCGCUUAAACAUGGAUUCAGUAGACUCCAAAUGCUCUCUGUCGGCAGCUCAUAAAGCUGUCCAAAGAGGAUCCAUGAUCAAUUUAGCGACAAUACACAAAAAAAAAAAAAAAACAGGUAGCCCACCUAGAAAACACAUUGAUGACUCUCAGAUCCCUCGAGGACAAACUUAAACUUGACCCCACACCGGAAUUCAACAUGCAAAUAUCAAAAUGUCAAACAGACAUAAAAGAAUACACGGCCUUACAAUGGACAAAACAACCUUUUUACGAUAAAUCUAACAUAGCCGACACAUUAUUAGCAUGCAGACUGAAACAAAGAAUGGCCCAGAAACAGACAAAAUAAUGACUCCAGACGCAUCACUGACGGAAGACCCAGACUGAAUUGCUGAAGUAUUUAAAAAAUACUUCACGGACCUCUAUGACCAUGACCCUCACAUGCGCCAAAACCCAUCCACAAACAAAACCCUCAUAGACCACUGCUUAAGCCAAAUACCACUUCCCUCUUUGUCUAGGGAAGCAGCACAGACACUAAUAGACCAAAUCCCACCAGAAGAAGUAGCGGGGACAUUAAAAACUCUUAAGCCAAACAGAAGUCCCGGAAUGGAUGGAUUCACAGGACUUUACUACAAAACAUUCACCCCAACACUGAUCCCACACCUAUGCAACCUCUUUAACGUCAUCCUAUCAGGAGAGCAACUACCAAAAGAAAUGCUCCAAGCGAAUAUCUGCCUCCUCCUCAAACCUUACAAAAUCCACCUGGACCCGGGACAUUAUCGACCGAUAUCAUUACUAAACGUGGACAUAAAACUGUUCACAAAACUUAAAGUAGACCGCUUAUGCCCCUUCUUGCCAAAACGAAUACACCCGGAUCAGUUGGGGUUUAUCACUACAAGGCAAGCCAGCGACAAUACGAGACGGACGUAAUGCACUUAUAAUGUUAUAGGAUUUUAAAAGGAGAUAUACUUUUCCUUAUGUUAAUUAAAACCUAUCUUUGUAUUUAGACCUGGGUUUCCAUUUCCAAACCCCCAAAAUUACAUUGGACAAACACUGGAAAUUUAGACUUUUCACAGUAAAAUUACACUAUUUUCACUUCUCUGAUAAAUAUGACCUUUAACCCCUUUAAAAAUUUAGGACAUUCCAUUCAAUCCUCCAUAGAGUGGGCUUUAACGCUGUUAGGACAAUGUCAUAACUCUUUUCUGUUUGUCAAUGCACACAUAUUGAUUUUGAGUGCCAUUUUUGCAUCAUCACUGAUGCAGAUGAGUCUACUACUGUGCUGAGCAUCAGUCGGGUGUCAGUAAUGAAGUGAAAUGCUUGCUAUCACACUGCUCAAUCUAUUUUGAGCUUUUUUGUGUAGAUGCACUGAAUUUUUAAAAAUUAUUAUAAGCAAAAAUGUUAAAAAAAAAAUGCAUUUGUUUGCCAUUAUCUUAUUAUACCAUUCAUUUUUAACAUUUUAUUCACACAAUGUUUUUCUAGGUAAAGCUUUAGUAUAAUAAAGAAAGCCCUUUCAGUCCUUUAAAACAUAAAUAAAAUACAUAACAUGUAUGUGGGUACUUAAAGGAACACUAUAGGAUCAGGAACACAAACAUGUAUUCCUGACCCUAUAGUGUUAAACCCACCAUUUAGGUGGCUUGCCCCCCCUCAGCCCCCUUAAAAGGAAUUAAAACUCACCUUAUUUCCAGCGCCGCGUGGGUCUGCCGGCGCUGGCCCCGCCCCUCAUCCGCCUCCUUGAUGACAUCAUCAGAAUUGCCAAUUUUAAGACAAUCCAAUGCUUUCCCACAUCGGCAAGGAAGAGGGAUUGGGGUGGGGCCAUAUGCUGUUUUGGCCAAUCAGCACUUCUUCAUAGAGAUGCAAUGAAUCAAUGAAUGUCUAUGAGGAAGAUUCAGCGUCCCCAUGCAGAGCAUGGAGAUGCUGAACGGCAGUGCUGACUACUGUGCAGCACUGCCCCAGGAAGCAUCUCCAGUGGCCAUCAGAGGAGUGGCCACGUGGAGGUGUCCCUAGGGGUAAUGUAAACACUGCCUUUUCUCUGAAAAGGCAGUGUUUGCAUGAAAAUGCCUAAAGGCAAUGAUUAUAUUCACCAGAACAACUACAUUAAGCUGUAGUUGUUCUGGUGACUAUAGUGUCCCUUUAAGUAGAAACACUUGUGUUAUGGUCAAACAAGCACACAGCACAAAUUCUAAGUUCUGUUUUGUUCACAACUUCAGUUAUCACCUCUGUCCUUAAAGACGUUCUCUACCUAUUAAAUCACGUUUUUUUUUUACAUCUUCAAGAGUAUUGAAUAGAAACGAUAAUACAUUGUAUUCAUCAUAAUACACAUUUAUAGGUCAAAGUAUCUACAUGUGAUAUCAUUAUAAAAUGCACUUUCUUACACAUUUAGAUGAACAAAUUAGUUGAUGGCUCUUCGAAUGGUACAGAAAUAGUUCUGCUUACCGAUGGUGAAGAUCCUUUUAUUAACUGCUUUGAUGAAAUAAAUGCAAGUGGAGUCACAAUUCAUACCAUUGCCCUGGGAUCAGAGGCAGAGGAAAAACUUGAAAAAAUAGCAGAUAUGACUGGUGAGUUUUCUAAAAAAAAUUCAGUAUGGAACUAAGAUUUUUUUUUUCUUUUGUCUCUCUUUAUGGCCUAAUCCUUCCUAACCUCUACAUCUUGUACCUUACCUUAUUAAUGUCCUACUCUCACUCUUUGCCCACUCUUAACAAAUAUUUUACAUUAAGCUAUAUAUGAUCCAUCCUACCAAGAUUUUAAAUUCCCUGAGUCUCUUAACAUGGCUACGUUAAAUGUAAUCUUUUUUAACACAUGGAUAUCCUUCUCCUUUCAAUAACUGUGAUAUUACAGCUGUUUUCUUUGCUAUUUUGCAUAUUUAUUUUAUUAAGGGCUUGCUCAAAGUUUGUGGAAUACUUUCCCUUUCUUUUCCACACUAAAGUGUACAGUGAGAUGCAUUUUAUAUGUAUAUAUAUAUAUAUAUACAGAGUGCUGCAUUCACCUUAACAUGCAUAAAUGGGGUGCUGUUGGGGCCAUUUAUUACAAUACACAUGAUUCAGUGCACUCACUCAUCUACUCCAGCAACUAUAAAGCUCACAUAUUUUAUUAGUUUAAAUUUUUUUAAAAUAAAUCACCUAAUCUAGGCAAAAAUAAUGGGGUUUUAGUUACCGUAUAUAUGAUCAUACAUUGCAUAAGCCUGCCACAACUUCAAUAUACCGCAUCUUUGGCAGGUCCUUCAAUACAAACCGCUGUUAUGAGAUUAACCCACUUACAUGGGGAAAAACAUUCCAUCUGGGGCAGUAUAAGGUCAAAUAUAGGCCAGAAAUGAGGCAUCCGUCCCUGUCACAGUGCUAGGGACAUGGUCUUGGUAUACUGCUGCACUGGUGUCAUGCUCACACUGUUUGCAUUUGUUAUACUCAGCGCUGGAUUACGAGCCCAUUAUGCCUGGUGCUGACAAUUAUGAUGGGCCUAAUUAUUGACGGAAAACACUAAAACAGUUCUACCUUAAAAGCGUCAUGUAUCUGGUGGAGGUGGUGCUGGAGGGAAAUUCACAGGAUAUUGCUAUCUGAAAACACAUACUCUAUGCCAAUCUCCUGCUUUCAUCUUUCAAGUAAAUCCAUACGCUCUAACAGCAAUGUCCGGUGAAGCAGGAUUUCAGUAGGCAGGGUAAAAGGGUGGGCCACUGAUGUGAAUCACGUAACCAGAACUGGACAAACAUGCACAAAAGGGGGCGUGUCUGCACAAAGAAUUAGAUGUUCAGCCUAGCGUGAAUGCUCAUCGGACUGUCUGCCAAUCAUGCAGGAUGACCAACCAAGGGCAUACUGUGCAGACAGCACCCUGAGCUUGGCAUAAAUGCAUCUAAUGAUGCACUAGCUCUAUGCUUUCUAAGGACUGUCCCCUACAAUUCACUUGUAUACUCUUUUCCUUUUCUUCUUACUAGCAGGCAGAAGCUCCUCUGUAACAAAGAAAAGGUGUAUGUAGUGAGUGUAGAAGAAAGGGAACAUGCCACAGCAAGAGCAUUUACACAGUGUGCAAAGUCAGCUUUACUUUAACUAAUUUAAUUGUCAGCCAGUCCAAACCAGUUUUGUUCACCUAUUUAGUUUCUAUGCUUAAGCAAAAGCAAGUGAAGAGUAGUAAAAAAUAAAUAAUUAUAUAUAUAUAUAUAUAUAUAUUAUUUUUUUUAUUUAUUUUUUUACAUCAAUGGGCUUAUUCCAUAGGCAUGUGCCUGGAGCUGCAUGUUAAUCUGGCCUGGUUAAACUGAUUCCUACAUAUUCAGUCUGGAACCUAUUUUAUUCAAUAAACUAUAUGGAGUACAAAAGUAUUAAAGCUAUUAUUAAAAAUAUUCAAUGAAGUCUAUAAUUUUAUACCUGAAGUACUUUACAUAAAUUUCAUUUUAAUGCAUCAAUCUCUUCUACCCACUUUUAGUUUUAAGGCAUAUACUUUAUUCUUGAUUUAAUUUCUGGGUCAGUACUACACUGUUUCACUCCUCAAUUUCAACUAGAAUACUUCUCCAUGCAUCUUCAUUUUUUUUUCUCAAAAGGAGGAAAGAUAUACUGAAGCCAAUACAAAAUAUAAUUAAAUCUUUGUCAAACUUCCAGGAGGAACAGAUGAGAAAGGAGCAAUUACCCUUUCAUAUACAAUAUUCUGUAGACACUAUAAGAGCCUGCACAUUUUUAAUAUACAUUAUAAAAAAAAAGAUCUAUAGACAUAAAAGCCAAACAUACAUAGAACAGUACUGCAUACACCGCUGGUUUAUUGUGUUUUAUAUUGCAGUCACAAGAAUGUAGAGGGUAGAUGGUGUAGCUCCAAAUAUCCAAAAGGAUCUUAUUGUCAGCGAUUUCCACAUUUUACCUUUUGAAAUUCUUCAUAUGGAAAAAUAUAAAAAUAAAAACAAAACAUUGUGUGCUCCUUUAAAAAUAUUACAUUACGUUACAUUAAAUUAAUGCACUUACUGGAUAUUAAAUAAGUAAAGCAUAUCACCACUACUGGUAUAAAAUGUCAAUAUCAUAGUUACUCCACACCAUAUAUAAUCUUCAGGGAUGAAAUAAGAUAAUAUAAUAACAAAAGUUGAAACCCUAUUUUGUUCCUUUUGCACAUACUUCAACAGGGAAAAAUCACUAAUAAAACUUGUACAAUUAAUAAAAGAAUAAAUACAAUAAAUGCCCUCCUAACCAGAAUCCUUUUAACCCCUUAAGGACACAUGACGUGUGACAUGUCAUGAUACCCUUUUAUUCCAGAAGUUUGGUCCUUAAGGGGUUAAAGUGCUUUUUCCACUCUGAUCCAAACAUCUGUUCAUCAUUGUCUCGUUCACCGCUCAAAUUGCAUUCCAAGCCUCAGUUUCAUGAUGGCCAGUCAAUCAGAAAAGGUGUCUUUACCUUCAUGUUUCACCACACAGGAGCUAACAUAUCUCUCGUCAUGGAUUGUGUUCUAUCAUAUUCUCAUAUACCAAGAUAGAGAUAAAGAUACAUAGUAAAUUCCACAACAAAACCAAAGCAGUCCCUGGCCAUAUCUAAAGUCUAAGCCUAUCCCACACAUUUUUAAACUCUCUCACUGUGUUAACCUCUACCACUUCAGCUGGAAGGCUUAUUCCAUGCAUCCACUACCCUUACAGAAAAGUAAUACUUCCUGAUAUUUUUAAACCUUUGCCCCUCUAAUUUAAGACUAUGUCUUAAAUUAGACAACUUGUUGUGGCAAUUUUUCUUCUUUUAGCUAAUUAGUUAUCUAAGAUAUAGGUGAUCUGCUAUAUAGCAGGGUCAUUUGGGUCUAUUUCUUAACUUGGGAUAUCUUUAUUUCUGUCUUGUUAUACGAGAAUGUGAUGGAACUUAAUCUACAAUGAUAAAGUUGUUACUUCUUGUGUGGGAUAAUGCACAAAUCUGAUGAUGCCUUUCAGGUUUGUGUGGCCGGCAUGAAACUGAGCUUGUAAUGCGAAUGGAGUUGUGAACAGGGAUCAGGGACAUUUCAAUUGGAUAAUAGGCCAAUUUAAGAGCAAAAAAUAAUGCUGGUCCAAAAGAGGGUUAUUGUAUUAAUUCGUAUUUUGUUGUAGGUGUUUUAUUGGUGAUUUUCCCCCAAGACAAGGUCUGAGCAUAAUGGAUUAAAUUAAUACGGUUUUACCCAUUUAAAAAAAAGAAAAUUAUUAUUUUAUUGGACUCCAUCCUUGAAAAUUUGGAAGGAUGUAGAGAACCACGGAAAUAACCUGUAAAUGUUUUCAUUUUUUAAUGUUGCAAUAUUUUUUAAAUGUGCACACUAUGUCCUAUUUUACUUUUUAUAUUUAUGCACAUGAGGAAUUUUCAAAAGGAAAAUGUGUAAAUUUUAUAUUUAUGCACAUGCGGAAUUUUUAAAAGGAAAAUGUGGAAAUUGCUGAGAUAAUAUGCCUGUUUGGGAGAUACACCCUCUACUGUGUACAUUUUUGUGAGUGCAAUAUAAAACACAAUAAACAAGCGGCGUCUGCAGUACAGCUAGUUCUAUGUUUGUUUUACUUUAUGUCUGCAGAUAAUUAGCUUUUUGGCAUUCUGCACAUUUGUGUAAAUUGUCCUUCCAAUGUCUUCUUGUUAUAAUUUCCCUCUGUCUACAGAAAAAAAACACUAUCAUUUGUAAAAUCUCUUGAGAAAGAUGUUUGUUUGCAUGAUGGCACAUUUUCUCUUUCUUUGCAUUAAGAAGGACAGUUUUUCUCAAAAUGUAUUAUUAUUUAGCUGUCACAGUAACCAUUCUGGCAAUUCUCUGUAAGUGCAAGAUUAUGGGCCAAGCAUAUAUUUAUUCAUAUUUAAAAACAGACACUAUAGGCAUUAUGACCACUUAAUUUCACUGAAGUGCCUACAGUACCUAAUGUCCCCUGGCGAGGCCCCUUCAUUCAGUGGUAAGUCAGUUUGAAUUAUUUCACAUUGAAUGAGGGUCCAUGGCACCUGCAGUCAUACUGAACUGGAGGUAUGGCAAAAACUUAGCCAUAUAAUUUCAUACCAACAAUGAGAGCUUGUGAUUGGCCAAUUUGGUAAGCUGGUACUCCAGAACUCCUAUCAAAGCUCAGGCUAACAUGUAAGUUUAAGACUUAACUAAGGGAUGCUAGGAGACUCCAAGCAUUAAAACUACUUCAAUGACAUGAAGUGGUUAUAGUGCCUAGAGUGUCUCUUUUUUCCCUUGCUUACUAAUUAUUCUUCAUAAAAUCAAAACCCUAUUUUAUUUCAGAAACAAUUUUUUUUUUUUUUGCAGGCGGAACUCGUUAUUUUGCAUCAGAUAAAUUAGAAUCUAAUGAUUUAAUAGAUGCUUAUUAUGAAAUAUGCAAUAGAAAUGAAGAUGGUCUACAACAUACAGUUCUGGUAAAGUAUGACACAUUACAUUUGUCGUAAAAAGGGAAUUAUUUUCUUUGUAAUUACAAGUUGUAUCACACCUGAUCAAAACAGUAAAGCCAUCUCUAGGAACUUUAGUUCUGUUUUUAUUUUUAGAAAUAUUCAAUAUUGUAUCCUUUUAGAUGACAGGUAGAUGGUCAAUAGCACAUACACUGAUCAGCCACUAUAUUAAAAGCACUAACAGGUGAAGUUAAUAGGAUCCAACUUAUGAAAUUCCAUCACCAUUUCCCUUGUCAAAGUCACUCAGAUUUUUUUUUACUUCCCAAUUUUUGCUGAUUCCAACUUAUGAAAUUCAAAAACUGCCUGUAUACUUGCUGCCUAACAUACCUUACCCCUUGACAGGUACCAUUGUUACAAUGGUACCUGUCAAGGAGUGGGAUAUAUUAGGCAGCAAGUAUACAGGCAGUUUUUGAAUUUCAUAAGUUGGAAUCAGCAAAAAUUGGGAAGUAAAAAAAAAUCUGAGUGACUUUGACAAGGGAAAUGGUGAUGGCUAAACAGCUGGGUCAGAGCAUCUUCAAAAUAGCAAGUCUUAUGGGGUGGUUAGUGUUAUGCAGUGGUUAGAAUCUAACAAAAGUGGUGCAAGGAACGACAACCAGUGAACAGACAUUAGGGUCAUGGUCACCCACAGCUCAUUGAUGCAUGUGUGGAGCAAAAGCUAAUCUGUCAUUCCAGUCACACAGAAAAGUUACUAUAGCUCAAAUUGCUAAAAAACACAAUGCUGUCCAUGAUAGAAAGGUAUCAGAACACACAAUGCAUUGCUGUUUGCUGUGUAUUUGGCUGUGUAGAAACAGUCAGAGUGCCCAUAAUGACCACCGUCCCCCGCCAAAAGCACCUUCAAUGGAGAUGUGAGCAUCAGAAGUGAACCAUGGGGCAAUGGAAGAUGGUUGCUUGGUCUGAUGAAUUAUGUUUUCCCCCGUCUUGGGGAGUCUAUGCCUCAAUACAUCAGUGCUGUUUUGGCAGCAUGGGGGGAACCUACACAAUAAUAACGUUGUGAUUGAACAGUGUAGCUGCUUACAGAAUAAUGUCAUACCAUGUCUGGAUGCCUUAAAAAAUACCUAUCUGAUCACAAAUCUGUCUUUAUUUAAAUUUUUUAUUCUACAGCUUGAGAGUGCCAGUGCAAUUAUUCAGCCUCAAGAGUGUUUGAGUGGCACUGUAUUCAUCGAUAACACAAUUGGAAAUUCUACUCUCUUUUUUGUUAUUUGGCAAAUUUCAGUUCCAACUAUCAGUUUGAAAGAUCCAUACAAAAAAAUAUACACUGAGACAGAAUUUAUCAAUGAUGCAUCAUCAAAUUCAUCCAGGCUUGAAAUUCCUGGAACAGCAGAGGUAAUAUAUACUGUAAUCCUUAAAAGAAAAAAACUAUUUAUUUUGUAAGAAUAAGUAAAAAAUGUUCAAGAAUAUGUAGAAGUCGUAAUGUUACACAAAGGGUAUUGUUGCUAGAAGCAUAGUACAAUUAAAAAAAACACAAAACGCAGCUGUUUGCUCUAACAUUCCUUAUUCAGUGAUUGGUGCUAGAGAGUAGAUGCAAUUGCAAAUUAAAACACUCCCAAUCCCAAUGACUACUAAAUUCAAGAAUAUACUACAUGCAUGCAUUCACCUGUGCUGAUGUAUAAGAAGCUUGUUUAACAGGACAGUGCACCCUUAUCAUGAAAGUGGACAAAAGAAGGAACCAUACCACAUUUAUAAAAAAUAAAAAAAAAACACUUUAAUUGGUCCUACUCUAACAACCUAAUGUCGGCUCUUAUGAGAUUAACCCACUUUCUUGGGGAAUAAAAAUUCCAUCUGGGGCUCUCUGCAGUACAAGGCUAAAUAGGGCCCUCCGAUGAGGCACCUGUGACAGGGAGGGGUGGAAAACCAAGGAGUUGAGCUAGAUUUCCAAAUAUAUAUAUAUAUGUGAAAACGGGGGCUGCACUCACCUGAACAUGCAUAAAUGGGGUGCAGCUGGGGCCAAUAAAUACAAUACACAAGAUCCAGUGCACUCAGCAACUUCGAAGCUCACAGAUUGUAAGCUGCAGAGAGCCUUGGAUGGAAUUUUUUCCCCCAGUAAGAGGGUUAAUUUCAUAAGGGCAGACAUUAGGUUGUUAGAAUAGGACCUCCCAAAAAUGGGGUACAUUGAUGUUGUGGCAGGCUUAUGCAAUAUAUGAUCAUAUACUGUAACUAAACCCCCAUUAUUAGAUUAGGUGUUUUUAAAAAAAACUAAUAAAAUAUGUGAGCUUUGAAGUUGCUGUUUAGUGGGUGACAGAAUGGGCUGGAUCUUGUGUAUUGUUUGAAUUGGCCUCAGCAGCACCCCAUUUAUGCAUGUUCAGGUGAGUGCAGCCCCCUGUUUUCACAGGUUUUAAAUAUGAAAUAAUAUUCUAUUUUUUUUUCUCAAGAGAGGAUUAUGGCAGUACGACAUUUGCAAUAAUAACAGUUCAAGUCAAGCAUUUGGUGUAAUUGUGACAUCCACGGCAACAGAUGAAAAUGUCCACCCGUUGGCUGUAAAUGUCCACAUGAGUAAAAAUAUAUAUGUGUAUCCUGAACCAAUAAUUGCCUAUGCAACAGUGAAGCUGGGGCUUUUACCUCUAACAGGUUUAAAUGUUACAGUGAUUAUGGAGGGAGAAUAUGGAACUUCGGAGAGUCUACAACUUUUGGAUAAUGGAGCAGGUAAUGGAAGCAAUAUUUUGGAAUUGGUUAAUGAGAAAAUGAGUCAAAUAGCCUACAGACUCUUCCUUUGCUGAACUAUUUCCUUGAAUUUAUUUAUUUUUAUCAAUGUAUUAAUUAUAACAAAAUAAGAAUAUUAACUUUUAUUCUGUACACUAACACAUUUUAUAUAAUAAGCGUUAAAACAUAUAAAUGGCAUUUCAGCUGAUCAUAUACUCUUGAUUUGGAGUGAAGGUACACACAGUGGAUAAAAUACAUUAUGACAAAGCUUAAUUAACAAUUGCACAUUAAAUAAUGACAAAAAAAAUAAGACUAAUAUUGCAUAUAAUCAAGACAAAAUAACAUUCAGAUAUUUAACACAAAAUGAUAUAAUAGAGCUAACAAACAGUUACCAGUGCAUAAUAAUAAUUUCUACUUAGCUUUGUUGUUCCAACAGCCCAGUCUGAGAUAUCAGACACAAUAAUAUGCAUAUGGACUUCCCAUAGUCAAUGACACCUCUGGAUGAGCAGCACAGUGCCUGCACAGCCAAGAGAACAGCCUAAUCUUAAUCUUUAAUAAGGAGAGGGUUGGGCUCUGUACACUCAGGGGAAGGUAUCUGGUAACCAUUCAAAAGUCUUAGUUGAAAGUGACCUUCCCUGAAGGUGGUUGCAACUUCCUUAUUAUUAUGUGACAUCCUACAGAAGCACAUGGCAAUACCUACAUGUUGCCAUUUUUAAUUUCUUGGCAGAAAAAUAAAAGCACCUGGUGGUAAACCAAAAUAUUGCAUGAAUUGAUUCCAAAAUAUGUUUAGGUCUUUUGCAGGUAAAGGGUGUGUCCCAGCCCUCAACAGUUUUGCAUUAUGACUAGCAAUAAAACAUAUAGCAUCCAAAGUUACUUGAAUACAAUCACUUUACAUCUUUUAUUGCCACUAAUGAAUUAGGGCCAAAUACAUCUGCAGAAAAAAUGUUAAAGGUUAUAGUUACAUAUAUAAUAAAAUAUUUCAGAAAGAGAAAAGAAUCAUGUAGAUUAGCAUUCAUUGAGCUUUGGAUGCAAAUCUUGGAUGCAAUUUUGCAUAAACAAAAUGCUCAAGGAUAUAACUAAUAUAUAUGUAAGCAGGUUGUUGAUCCAAGGAGAAAUCCGAGUGCCCUUUUUGAGGCAUUGUUGGAAAUGUCUACAAUUUUUUUUUAUUUUUUUUUGCCUUUUUUGGAUCAACAGCAUAAAAUAAUGGGCUUCACAGUUCAACUUUUUAGUAUUUGAUUUUAGUUUUAGUAUUUGUUUUAACCUAGACAACUAUGUAACUAUGUUAUCAACUUAAAAUAGAAGAGUUGAGCAAAAAAGCCAGGCUAUAGUAUUUAAAUAUUAUGAUUUUAAAUGUUCAGAAAAAGAACAUCUUACAGAGACAUCUACGAAAAUGUUAUGCAGUAAAGUGCAUCUACAGAUCCUAAUGGUCUUGGUGAAUUCGGUUUUCAGAUGCCAAACAGUUCUUUAAAACAUAACUUGGAGAGUUGUUCACAUUUUAAAACAUUUGUUUUUUUUUACAAUUAUUCUUUCUGCAAAUUUUUCAGAUCACUUAUACAGGGGAUAGAUUACAUGAUGAUAAACCUAGGUUCCAAUCUGUGAGACGGUCUUUAUGCCACUAGUAUUGGAAAUGUAUGCAAUUUACCAAUAGAGUCAAUCUUUAAAUUGCAUUAGAUACAAAUUCUUAUUCAAAAAUUCACACUCCCAAUGUAGAUGCAUCUGUGGAUAGAUUAGGCAAAACAUCCACUGUACCUAUAGACAGCAUUAAUACUGUCAGAAACCCCAUGAAUAAAACAUUAAUAACCUUGGAAGCAGGCUUGCUUCCUCAUUCACUCAUACUAUUGUUUCUAGAGCAAUAAUGGUCGAGGCAAAGUAUUUGGAAGAAGUCAUCAUGAAUGGAGUGCAUAGAGAAUCAUUAUUCAAUCAGCUAAAUACUUAGCCACAGACUUUGUUUCCAAAGGUUUGCUGGUCUUUCUCCACAAGAAUUGUGCUCACUAUCUCAUCUAGGUGUACCCUAUGCAUACACUCUUGGGGUGCAGACUAUGCCACCAAGUAAUGUCUAUGUUCCCUUACCUUUUAAGGGGACUUAUUGUUUGGCAAACCUCUCGAUGGGGCAAUUCAGAACACUGGAGAAGACUAAAAAAGCCUUCCUCCCACUCUAGAGGAAGUUCAGGAGUACAUGGGCUUCAUGGAGAGACAGAAGACCUAGAAAUAUUCACCUCUUUUGAGAAAGCAGAUCUUGUAGACCUGAAACACAAUACAAUAGGUCAACAAACUGAUAAUAUGGACAGUUGUCGAAUAGCAAGGUGAAUAAGAAUGAAAGAACUGAAGCUAGUUAAAAUAAAUUCUAAAGCAACAUAGGCCCCGGUGAAAAAAGUAGUAGCAAAACUAUACACUUAUAUUUAUAUCAGGGCCAAGAACAUCCAAGACCACUGGGCAUUAGACAUUAUUAAACAAGGCUACAGAAUUGAAUUUGCACUCAUUCCUCCUAAAGUCUUAUUUUUAGAAUCCAGAAUUUAAAAAAAUGACAGGGACACUAUAGUCACCAAAACAACUUUAGCUUAAUGAAGCAGAUUUGGUGCAUAGAUCAUCCCCCUGCAGUCUUACUUCUCAAUUGUCGGCCAUAUAGGGCUAAAUCACUUUGUUUUUGCAGUCCUAGGAACAGCUCCCUGCAUGUGAAUUACCCAGCUUUCCUAAACACUUCCUGUCAAGUGUCAUCUAAUGCUUACACUUCCUUUAUUUUAUAUACGGUUUAAUUUAAAUUUUAUCUCAUGCUCAUGCCUCCUCUAUGUAAUUAAAGUUCACUUUACAGAGCCGGAGAUAACAACUUUUAAAGUAAGUUACAUUGGAUUGAAAAUUAAGCCAUUUUUGUUCAUGCAGGCAGUCAAGGGAGGUGGCUAGGACUGCAUAAACAGAAACAAAAAUAAUGUAACCCCUAAAUGGCAGAGAAUUGAGCAGUGAAAUGGAAGAGGCGUGAUCUAUACACAAAAACUGCUUUAUUAAACUAUAGUGUCAUUUUUGGUGACUAUCGUGUUCUUUAAGGGGUCCGCCAUGAUAUCAUGCAUGGAGAAGUUGUGGAAGAAACAUCUGGGUGUUCAUUCGACUCAAGUGCAGACUAAAUUUAGAUAUAAAAUGUAUCAAUUCAUUUUUGCAUAUAAAGUCUUUCAAAAUUGAUUGAAGAAUGUUUUAUUGGUACUGUGUUAGCCAAUUGACUAAAUUAGAAUAAAAUAACAAUAAUAAAAUAAUAAAAGGGUAUCACUUAAUUUUUUUUGGUUAUUUCAUUCUCAAAAUAGAAUUAAUAAAUGCAAUAAUUCCAACUAGGAGACUGGUUUGCUUCAGUAGAUGUUCGCAACGCAUAUUACUACAUCCUUUUUCACUGUUUAGAUUUAAGAAAAUACCUACAAUUUUACAUAAUGGAAACAUAGUUUCAAUUUAAGAGAAUGCAGUUCUAGCCUCAAAAGUGUUUUGAAAGAUACUUAUUUCACUAAUAGAGUAACUCAUAUUAUUGGGAAUAGGAAUAUUCCAUUAUCUUGACAUUUUAAUUGCAGCAGAGUAUAGUAAUCAAGCAGAAGAACAUACAAGCACAGCUUUGGAAGGUCUGUUAAAGUUUAGAUGUAUUAUACAUUUCCUCAAAAGUCAAUUACUUUAAGCCAAUCAAGUGUAUUUUCUAGUAGUAACUCUGAAUACUGGAAAUAAAUGGAUAUUGUUAUAAGAAGAAUUUUAAUGUUGUGGCUGAUCAGUGUAAGUAAAACACUUGUUACAGUACUCAAUCCCUAUGGAUCCUCCUAUGGUUCUCCUAAGCAGCUGAUGAUGAAUGAGAAAUUUGACUUUUUGGUAACUAUAGAAUAAAAUAAUUCACAAACUGGUGGAUGCAGUAAAAAUUCUUAACGUAGAAAAAAGUGGAAACUAGAACAUAGUGAGUAGAAAUUAAUUUGCCUGAAUUUCUGUUGAUUGAUUAAUUGACUCUUUGCAUUAAGUCUUAAUUAAGUGCUAAUUAAACAAUAUAUCUGUAUGUUUUGUUUAAAUUAGCACUUUGCCUCCAUCAUAUUUUCCUUUCAGGCAGGAGAUUUAAUUUAUCCGUAUAUCUGACCAAAAUAAAAUCCCAAACAUACUUGGUGUUAUCUUAUUAUCUCCAAAGUGCAAAACUUUAAAAGCCUUUCAUAGAUCCAUCCAGUCAUUUGCAUAAUGUAUUCUUCAUAUUUAUUUUAUAUCAUUUUUUUUUUCAGGUGCUGAUGUUGCAAAAAAUGAUGGGAUCUAUUCAAGAUAUUUCACUGCUAUUAAAAUGAACGGAAAAUAUAGCUUAAAAGCUUUUGUGGAAAGCAAAGAGAAUAAAAGCAGGGGGGCAUUACCCAGAAAUCCUGCUCUUUACGUGCCUGGCUUCGUUAUAAAUGGUAAGAAACACUUGAUUAUUUCCAAAAACAAUGGUAAGAAAUACUUUAUUAUUUCCAAAACAAAACUGUUUUGAAACUAACAGAGUUAGUCAAAGUUAGAGUUCUGUGUUUAUUUAGACCAUAAAAGAGGGACUGGAUGCUUAGCCGACUUUUUCUACUUCAGCUAUUUUGGUGCUACAUUUGAAGUUCAUUUUGAAUUCCCAACAAUUCUAACUUCAGUAAAUAUUACCCCAAGCACGUUCUAGAAGUCAGAGUUUCUGUAGCUUGUCUCUUUCUGUCUUUUUUUCUCCAGUUACUUUUUAUGAAUACCUUCCUGGUAGUAGAGGUGGAGGGGGGAGGGACGUCAAAAUAUUCUUUAUAGUGUCACAGGCACACUAUGAAGAACAACUGAUAAGGAAAGAACUAUUGACAAGGAAAUCCCUUGUUAUGUGUGAUAACAUCACUGAUGUAUAUCUAGACCCAGGAAUAUAAAUAUUAAAAGAACAAGCUUCAAGUUUGAGCAUCACUCACCACCACUGUCACAUAAUAGAUCUAUAGCAUAUAGCUUGCAUCACUCCCCAGAAGAGUGAAUCCUCAAUACUCAGUACAUUGCUCCCAAAUAAUCACUCUUCCAUGUGUCUCUUCAAUGCUCCUAUAACCCAUUACAUUCCUUCUUAUACUUUGUGUCUUUCUCCAUGUCUCUUCCAAUGACCCUAUCUCUUUUAAUGUGUAAUCAUAUCUCCACUUUAUCACCUCAAGUUACCAGUGUACCAGAAAAGCUCUGAAGAUUUUGGACAACAAAGAGCUAUCAAAUAUCUUGACAUAAUAAAGCAAUGCUAUUGCCAUUGUUUAAGAGUUGCACUUAGAGAGUGCUCAUUUAACAUACAUACCUAUGUUCAGAGUGUAGUAUUUCCUUUACAAGGUAUUCUCUUCACUUGAGACAAAUGCAUAGAAAUGUGCACAUAUAGAAAGUAUAUAGAUUACAUUUUCUAAGAAAACUAGCAAAGUAAGUUAAAAAAAAAAGAUAUAUAUAUAUAUAUAUAUAUAUAUAUAUAUAUAUAUAUAUAUAUAUAGGUUAUGGUGGGGAAAAAUUGUAUAGGUUUUGGUGGGAAAAAUUGUGAUUGAAAACCCCUUCCACCUGAAGUCUGUAGAUAUUAAUACAAUGUUAAGCAAAAAUCUGCACACCAGUCAAGCCAUAAGACUUGCUUUUCCCACAGAAAUCACAAAUCUGCAGUGAUGUUGCUACCGCAAAGGAUUCUGGGUGGGCAUAUGCAAAUUAGUUUAACAAAGAAUCCAAUUUUUGCCUCAUUCCAUUUUAAACAUGGAUUCCUUUUAGUCUGUGUUUGCUGUAUACAACAGCUUGGAACACAACUUAGGAAAAGAUGCAAUACCAGUGAACCACUCAUGGACAGCUGUUUCGUUGUUAAUGCAACUCAUCAGCAUGAGGUUGGUUACUGGUUUUUUUAUUGAGGCUUGGUAGUGCUUGGAAAUCCAUAAAAUGGAAUGAGGCAAAAAUAUGAUUCUUUGUUAAACUAAUUUACAUAUGCCCACCCAGAAUCCUUUGCGAUAGCAACAUCACUGCAGAUUUGUGAUUUCUGUGGGAAAAGCAAGUCUUAUGGCUUGUCUGGUGUGCAGAUUUUUGUUUAACAUUGUAUUAACUAUCUACAGACUUCAGGUGGAAGGGGUUUUCAUUCACAAUUUUUCCCCACCAUAACCUAUUUGGAUUUUGCUUCCCAAGCACUACCAAGCCUCAAUAAGCAAACCAGUAACCAGCCUCAUGCUGAUGAGUUGCAUUAACAACGAAACAGCUGUCCAUGAGUGGUUCACUGGUAUUGCAUCUUUUCCUAAGUUGUGUUCCAAGCUGUUGUAUAUAGCAAACACAGACUAAAAGGAAUCCAUGUUUAAAAUGGAAUGAGGCAAAAAUUGGAUUCUUUGUUAAACUAAUUUGCAUAUGCCCACCCAGAAUCCUUUGCAGUAGCAACAUCACUGCAGAUUUGUGAUUUCUGUGGGAAAAGCAAGUCUUAUGGAUUGACUGGUGUGCAGAUUUUUGUUUAACAUUGUAUUAAAUAUAUAUUAUAUAUAUAUAUAUAUAUAUAUAUAUAUAUAUAUAUAUAUAUAUAUAUAUCAUGACUUUUAUUAAAUGAAUCAUUCCUUAAUAACUAAUUAUUGCCUGUUCAUUACAGGUGACAUUAUCAUAAACCCUCCUCGACCUGUAUUUAAUGAUGAUGACCUUCAGCUUAAUGUUGGCGCCAUUAAAAGGGUGGCUUCUGGAGGAUAUUUUGUGAUAACUGGUGUUCCACUUAAUUAUCAAAUCAGCUAUAAGCCAGACAAAAUAAAGGAUCUGAUGGCAAAGACUGAAGAACACACAAUAGUGCUGUCUUGGACCGCCACUGGUGAUGAUCUGGACCAAGGAAAAGGUACGUGAUUUUCUUCUAAGCCACAGGAAAAAAAAAACACCUACCCUACCCAUUUAGUCUACUGGUGGCAUUACUUAAAUUCAUAUAUAUCUGCUUGUUUUCUGCAGUCUUGAGCCUACUACUGCAUAGGAAUUAACAUUUUACUCAAUUGUGCAUGGGUGUAAGCUUAGAUAUGAGAUGUGGCAAGUAACAGUCCCAGCUCUCCUAUCCAGAGAGCUUGGAGGCAUGGCUUGAAACUGUGUUUCCAAGCCUUCUAACUAUUAAAAUAUUUAAAAUUUUAAACUAGGACACAGGGACACUUAAAGUUGUAGUACAGUGUUCCUAACUUUCACAAUAAAAUGUAUACAAUAAUUAACUCAGGAUCAGAUGUCUAGGUUAAUAAAUUGCAAAUGUUUUCUAAAUUUAAUUGAAACUAUGCUGAAUUGUAAUUCAUUUAUAUUCUCACUAGAAACAGCAUGCAAACGAUGUUUCUGACCGAUUCGACUGACAUUUGUUCCCAACCAGGGAACUCAUAUUUGAAUAGAUUAGGUGCCAUUUAGAUUCUGUACUGAAUAUUGUCACCAAUAAAUGUAUUAGACUCAAUGAACACAAAGCUGUUUUUCUUUCCUUAGUGGAUUGGUUUAAUUAAAACCAUGACCUCAGGAAGACACCUGGUGACAUUAACCAAUAGGCAUUUCUAAAAUGAGAAAUUUACAUACCGCUAAAUUAAUAUGGUAAUUAUCUUUAUUUUCCAUACUGAUAUUCAGUGGAAGCUAAUGGAGUGUAUUGUCCUUUAAUCAACAUGAAUGCAGUCUACUAAUAUAGAGAAUAGAAUGAUGCAGAUAACAAUGAGCUCUUGUACAAUAUCAGGUUUGGCAAAAACUCUAAUAUUUUUGCAUAGAACAUGGAUUAGAUUGGUGUUAUUUCCCCAUUGUGCACAGAUAAAUGGUCCUAUGACAGGCAGAGAGUUAGUUACAUACUUUCAAAUUUAUUACACCAAACAAGUAUUUGCAAACUUUUUAAUUCUACGCAAAUUUAAUAUUUAAAUUAUUCAUUAUUUUAAAUAUUUUAACAUAUUGUUUAUAUUUCAGUAUCCAUGUAUGAUUUAAGAAUGAGCAGCGAUCUAACAGAAUUGAAAGAUCAUUUUAUGAAUGCACUUACAAUAAACAUCUCCAGUAUGAUUCCACAGGAAGCAGGAUCCAGAGAAACCUUUGUAUAUGUUCCUGGUGCUGAUAUUCUUAAACAAGACAUCGUCCUGUAUUUUGCUUUGAUUGCCAUAGAUAAGGACAAUGAGACAUCAGAUGUUUCCAAUAUAGCCCAGGUUGCCAUUUUUACUGCAGGUUCAUAUCCUACCAGUGUUCCACCACCUUACUCUUCUGAAAGCAUGUCUCCAAUAAGUGAUUUAACUAAUCCGUCAUCAGCCAACAACCACUCACAAAAUUACAUGUCUACUCUAACUACAGACAACAAUGGUGCACCAGAUGACAAGUUCACAUCAACUGUCAGCAACACCCCACCGACAGUCAAUACUUUGCACACUGAGCGAUCAACAGAAAUGUUUGCAAAUACGUCAUCAAUAACCACUUAUUCUAAUGCAAGUGAAAAUACUUCACUUGAUGGAACCUCUUCAAGAACAGAAGAUGUUUCAAUGAUGGAAACAUCGAACUCAAUUAAUAUGUCUGAUUCUCUCACAAGUUUGUACACUGAAUCUCACACACUAUCUAACAACACUUUUAAACCAAAGAACAUCACAUCAUUUGCGAGCAUUUCUGGACCAGACAAUAAAACUGUUAUAAUUAUUGUAGUAGUUUGUGCUACAGUAGUUGCAACAAGUAUAAUCAUCGGCAUCAUUAUCUACAUAGUAAAAUACAAUACGAGAGUAAUCUAUGCAGCAACAUCAGCAUAA